GGGAGGGGCGGGUGCGCAGCAAGCGAAAAAGAAACCCGCUCGAGCUCCCCAACCAGCCUCCUCCUCCUCCCCUUCCUUCCCCAGGCAGGCAGCAGAGAGAGAGGGGAUCUGGAGUGGCGCUCCUGCGUCCGUCUGUCGGCCGGUCGGAGCACUCCAUCUGCAAGACCUCAGCCCCUCCCGACGGCCCGCCUUCACUGCUAAGCGCGCCGUCGAAGGAGCGCGCCCAGUCAGGGAGACGCGGGAGGAUCGCGAGAGCCACCGGCAGUCCCAUUGGAGGCGCCCUGCGAUUCAGCAAGAGAAGGCACCCUUUGGAUCCCCGGCCACGUUCUGCCGCCUCCCGGGUUUGGGCCUCUUUGCGCGCUUGGUGUGGAUUUUCCCCUCUGGAGUUUUACUCGACGGCACUUCGGAGAACAGGCGGCAGCUGCUGCGGGGUUUGGGGGAACGUGCUUAGGCGGGGACCCCCUUCAGGCUCUGCUCUUCUUCCUUGGCUCCCUUCCUCUCCCCACCCCACCCCACCCCGUCCCUGGCCUGGGGGCCCAAAGCCAUGACUUCCAGCUACGUGCACGUCCUGGAGAGGCAACCGGCCGUCCUGCCCACGCGUCUGGAGAGCCCCGGGAACCUCGACAGCCUCCAGGCGAAAAAGAACUUCUCUGUCAGCCACCUGUUGGAUCUGGAGGAAGCCGGAGACUUGGUGGCAGCGCAGACCGACGAGGGCGUCGGGGAAAGCGGCCGCAGCCUCCUGGAAUCGCCGGGCCUGACCAGCGGCAGCGACACGCAGCAGCAGGACGGUAAGUGGCGCGCCGCGAAGCCCAGGCUCUCGACUUGCGAGUCGCCGAGACUUGGACUGGUCUUUUCUGAAGGGUCCGCCCUCGCCUUCCCGGAGAGUAAGCCGGAGUGGGGAACUAGGACGGGUGUGAAAUAGCCCCGUUCAAGGGGGCUAGUUUAGAAGACUUAGGCGCCUUCGAAACACACCCAGCGCUUUAAAAAACAGCAACCACCCCGUGGGCCCUAGGUUUCUGAAAGUCAUGUGCAAAGAUAAACAUGGGCAAAAUAAUAAGUAAAGUAAAACACACGGCGGAGGAAUAAUGUAUGUUAAUGCAGGGGAAGAUCUGUGCCAGUAGUCAAGGCAUGGUCGCAUCACACCCGGAACCAAGCUUAACAUUUAUCGAAUCGGUCCUACUCGGCUUUGUUCCGGACCCACUAAUCCAGAACAGUUUAAUUCAUAUUAUCAGCCUCCCGUAGACGAAUUGUCGGUGCAAAUUAGAAUCCCCACCGCCUCCUUUUACUACAUUUUGUGUAAAGAGCAGGGAAGGUCAACACGUGCGGUUGAGGCUUCGGAUGCCCGGGUUAAUGAGAUGCGUCGGGCAAAGGGAGCGAGCACUGCCAGAGACCGGGAAGCGGGUCCCGGGAGCUGGCGAGCCUCCGGUUGAGCUGUAUCUAGUGGUGUAUCUCUGCGAGCAUCUCUGCUGCCAUCAUAGGGUAGCAGGGGAAAAAGCGUCGCUGCUCCGCGCAGGAUCCACCAAAAAGUUCCGCUGCGCGAGUCUCGUUGAAACGAACAGCAGGGCAGAUACGCGCGGUUUCCACGGGGCUUACUUACGCAGGAGAACUCCCUAGACCUGCUCGAGAGCUGAAAUCCUGCGGACACUUUUUUGAGAAGAGGUCCUGUUGAUGUCAGCAUCGGCUUCUGAGAAAGCAGGCAUGGGUUGUUGAGCCGUCCGUCGAUCAAAGCCUCUCGCCCUCGCGUCUAAUUCUCUAAGUGACUUUCCAAUACAGAGACGCGCACGCAAGCAAAACUGCGAGCACCACAAUCCCCAACCGGCGUCUUGCCUCCCGGAGAGGUUUCUGCGAUUUGCAUUUUAAUUUUCCGCAGUCCAGGUUGUUCCAAUCUUACCAGCGUCACUGCUGGGAUUAUUUUCAGUUCAGAAAGAGCACAGAUUUCUCUUGUGUGUGUGCGUUUUAAGGACGUCUGUAUAAAAUGCACAAUAUAAUAGUAUAAAUGCUUUUCAGUUCCCCCACCCCCUGGUUGGAAGAGUUAGCUCUGGAAGUUAUGGAUCCUUCCAUAACUGCAGAAGAACGAGGCGGUGAUGCCGGUAUCUGAGCCAAGAAGAUACUUGGAAGUCUGGUUUAUUUUAAGCUAAAUACAGACACUCGUUUUAAAGAUAACUGAAAGUAGCGUCAUCUAGGAAUCCUUCUGCAUUAAGCUCCUUUUAUCCUUCGGUCCCUCACUGGUCAAACACGUUUAAACACCACAAAACCCAAGGCCUAAUUCUCACAAACAAUAGUUAAACUGUGUCGGGCUUCAGAAUGCCACCGGACUGAAUACUCCUUCCGCAGGGAAUCCUCCUAGUUCUCUAGGGAUGGUAAGUUAUUUUAUAAAAGAGGAACAGUCAGUCACGUGGGGGCCCUCCUGAAGUUUGAAGUGGUACAGCCGAGACCCAGGCUCCCCUCCUCAUCUGUUGUGGGGGGCGCGCGGGGAGGGGGAGGUAGCAGGUUGCGCAUCUUUCCGAAAGAAAGAGGCCCUUGCAGAAUUUUCUAAUAUUGGGAUCGAUAAAUAACAACAGCAACUGCUUAAGUCUGUCUCCAGGAAUGAGUCUUGGGGAAAGAUUGCUGGGCCAGUCUGGGAACAAAUGUUGGGCCAGCCACACCCAGGGGCUCUGUAGGGAGGCGUGCUAGGCAGGCUUACUCCGAAGCAAGUCCCACAGAACUUAACUGGACCCCCUUUGCUUUGCACCAGGUACAGAUUCUCAGGUGCACCUUUUCUCCUCCAUCCUUCCGACGGGGCCUGACUCCCCAUAGGCUGGAGGUUGCAGCCCGUUCCUAGGGAUGUGGGUGACUUGGUCUGCGAGAUCCAGCCGGCUUUCAAAGGCUUCCCGUCUCAUUCAUUGCAAUGGAGGCAAUGGGACUCACAAUUGACUGGACUGGAGUGUGCCCGUUGUUUGUUUGUUUGGUUUGUUACUGUCUGUUGCAUCUCAUGCAAUUUCCCCGAAGUUUUUUUUACUAAAAGCUUUUGGACUUUGCUUCGAGCUGCUACCCAAAGCCUGAUUAUUUAGGAGUCCAGCUUCACUUGAAAUAAUUCGCUCCAGAUUGCGAACUGUAGGAGCCGAGCGAGGAUCGACGCUGUAGAACCCGCCCCACUUCCCACCCCCGGUCUCCGCCGGCCUAUGGAGAAUUCACGCAGGGCGAAAAACAGCCAGUUUCCUUCGGACCCAGUCUAAUACAAGAAAAACAGGGCCGCAGCAAGCUGGCAUCCCAAUGCAGACGCAUUCCGAUGUUAUUCACUGGAUUUAGGAUCGCCUCGCUCUCUUCGAUUCCGAUCCAAGACAUAUUGGCUCAUAUUUGAUCAGAAUUCCUCAAGUAUCAAAAUCGUCCCGAAACUUUUCGGGACCAUCAAUUUAUAGCCAGUCUAACUUACAGCGGUUUAGGGCUAGGAGCAAGUCGGUUAGGUUUACUGGUGAGUAAAUACGUCGUGGAUCGGAAUCACAAUCGAAGAGCGCCCUCAAUCAAGUCAAAGGACAUCAUCCGAUUAAGACUGCUUUGGGAGCGCAGCCUUGAAACACGGACUCUGAAGUUAAGUCUCCCCUUUUUCAAAUGCAGCUUGUCGAGGAGGAAAGAUGCGUUCAUGGGCGUAGCAAAAGGGGGGGGCAGGGGGCAGCUGCCCCCUUAAUCAAUAAAAAUCAAUACAAAUCUGAAGUUCUGCCCCCCCCUAACAAAAGCCUGCCCCCCAAUCCUGGCUACGCCCAUAGAUGCGUUAAGGGUUUUCUGCAUCGGACUGGAGUUGCUAGUUGACCUCUCCAAACCACUUUAUCUCGGGCUAUUGGAGCCCACGCUCAGCGCAGAAGUAAAGACUUGCUAGCUCUAACCGGUUUCUAAAGCAUUUCGCCCAGGUUCUAAGCACCUUCCGAGGAAGCCCGGAUCUAUUCCUUUGCAGUUUAGGCCCGACGAGUCAUGUAUCCGCUUCCUUGAAAACAAAACCCAUUUGGAUACAGCGGGACGGACUUCCGAGUCGGCCUGCCUUUCAUCCGCACGUGUGAAAUCGGUCGCCGCACCAGCAAGCCAUUGAAGCUGCGGGGUUCCUUCUUGGCUCCAUCCGUAGCCAAACCUCCCUUGCCUGCCCCGCUCCUUUCACGCCAGAAGUUGCCGGAAGAGCUAAAGAAAUCCCGCGAGUGCGUGCACAGGACUGCUGAGAAAGAGAAAAGCGCUGAGGGCAGGACCUGGAGCGGCAUCCUGAGCAUCCUACCCGGGGAAAUAACGCUUCUGUCGCGGAAAGGGCGCAGACCUUGGCGAGCAUUUGGGACGCGCUCUCCAACGGGCAAUGGCCUUGGCCCCGAGUUCCCUGCUCAUGGCGUGGAGCUGCCCAGCCAAAGGGCUGCCUCUGGGUCUGGCUGCAGGCGAGCUUAAAUUCAGAUUUCUCCCAUGUCGCGCCCUCUCGCCCUCUUUUGGGGUCUAACCCCUAGGAAGUCAGUGCGCUUGUGGGACUGACUUCCAAGAAAGCGCGCUCAGCCCGGUAGCCUUUUAAGUACAGCGUCGCGGCUAAAAGGGGCGAAACAGCAACUCAUCCUUCCCCGAGUGUCCUCCGUAAAACGUGCCAGGCCCGGAUUGUCCUUGGGAAGGGCAGCCUGCGGGAUUUCACCAGGCUGGGUACCAACGGGUUCCAAUGUUUCUCAACCCUGACUCCCCAGCCGUCGUUGAACUACAACCCCCAUCACCCCUAGCUAACAGGAGGGAUGCAGGUUCAAGUUCCUCAGCUCCUCCGCUUUGGUUCUCUGCUCCCUGCCACAAGGGCGGGCUUCUACUCUCUCCCCCUGCCAUCCGAUGUGGCGUGGAAAUCGGGACCGAAUGAGUGGGGAGACUCCUCUCGGAAGACACAGCUUCUUGCUUACAGCGACAGGGAGCAGAGCUGUCCCGGGGAGGGGGGGUGCAUUUUCAAGGGGGGGGGCUUGAAGGUGUGGAAGGAGAGCCUUCUCCUCGGGACCCGACUCCUUCCUGUGCCCGCCGAGGAAGAAAGGGUGUGUGCGGGAGAGUCAGGGCCGCAGGGAGUCUUUUCCCGGGGCUCUGAACCCUCUUCGGAGCAUCGCGAGGGGCCUUGUAGAAUUGGAAUGGACCAAGAGGGCCAUGUAGUCCAACCCUCUGCAAUGCAGGCGUCUCUUGGGUGUUCGCUGGUGCUGCUGGAGCUGAGAAGCGGCUCCGACGCGGGAGAGAACGCGCGCAAUAUUUACUCAUUCCGUGUUCCCCUAUAGCUGUGCCGUCCGCCUACAAAAAACCCCCACAUGGGUGUGUGUGUUUUUUGUAGGGAAAUCAGGGCGUGGUUGUCCAACAACAGCCACCUUGGCCACACUUUUACCCCCCAAGAAAAAUCAAAAGGCUUUGCAAUUGCAACUGUGAACCAGGCCGCUUUGGGGAGGCGAGAAAUUUAAAGUGAGCAGUUGUCGAGCGGAGCUGGGAGCUCCCUGGCAGAAAGAAAUGGAGGGAUCGCGUUUACAGGCCACCCUAGCCACGUCUACUAAGCUCUGCUGAAUUAAGUAGGUGGGUGUGGGUUUACCCUCCGCGUCUUUCCCUUGCGUUCUAGCGCGCGGUGAACAGGAAACCCUCGCGCGCUUCCCCCGUUCGGGCAGUUUGUCUAAAACGGAUUCUGCUUUGCACAGGGGAGCCGUUAACACGCGCGCACUUCUUGCGCCCGUCCAAGUCCCGGGCAGGCGAUUCUCUCCCUUCAUCACAAUGACCUCCCCCCCCCCGCAAGGCGCCGAGGAGACAGUGCUGCGUGCGUAUGUCUUUAAAGCGUUUGGUUCUUUCUGAAAUGUGCCUUUGCUCCAGGUCCCUCUGUAGGUGGGGCAGGGGUGAACCCGCUAGCGAAAGCUGACUCUGUCCGCCUUGGCCAAGGACAUAAAGAGAAUAUGAACGGGUGUCGGGCUGAGCUUCGUAGCUCCCUCCACCCUGAAAAGUUGUGGAGAGGGUGGGGAGGGGAGAGACAGCGAAGGUAAUGAGAGGUAGGCCCGAACAAAGAUUUGCACCACAAGCACAAGUGCCUGGGAAGAAGAAGACCUGUCCGUUUCACUGUGACUUACUUUCAUGUAGAAGUCCGGGAGACAUUUCACCAAGGAGAUGUAAACUUCAAUCCCCACAGACUUUAAUGACCGGGAAAAUGCACAACUGGUUGCCCCCAAACAUAAGAUGCGGGGACCCCGCUCCCCAAGCUGUUCGGUUUCAUUCACCACUUUGGGCUGCAAGUUUUCCACUUGCACAGAAUUCGUCACGAGGCUGAGUUGGAAAAGCAGCGAAUCCCCAACUGUGGUGAAAAAUAAGUUGUUGACAAACGACGCCUUCCUCUUAAAGAAACUGCAUGGUUUUGUUGCAAACAUCCGUUCAGUGCUCAAUAAUAACUCUGCUGGAGGAAGGACCUUCCCUUCCCAUUUUGUCUGACGAAGAAUUCUGUCUUGCCCCAAAGCUUGCCUGCUCUCACCUUUGGUCGGAUAAAAGAGAACGACCAGGCAUAUAAAUUUCGGGACUGACAGAUAAUCAGUUUAUCCGAUCUUAUUUUAUGUUCCUCGGGUGGGUGGGGGUAGAGAACCCUGGUGCAACUACGCUGCGAUGCAGUUGGGGGGCUGGGAGUGCUGGGAGGGGGGCAAGUAAGCCCCCCUGCGUCUCAGCGCUCGCUGGGGGGCUUUGGACAAGGCAUACAGAAGUGCAGGAAAGAACUUGCUUUUUCAGUGGUGGUGCCUGAUGAAAGAUUCUGUCUAGUUCGAAAGCUUGUACUGGCAUAAUUGUGAGACUACAGUGAGAUGAGGAUACACCUUGGGUACAAAUCCAAAGGAAGAAAACACAUUUAGAGGGAACCCUCGAAAUAUAAAUGGCAACUCAAGGGCGAUCUCCAUAAAUCUAUCCACAAUAGGAAAGGGGCCAGGAGGAUACUGCGAUUCGCAAGAGCUUCUUCUUUUCCCAUCUUAAGGGUCUUAACAGUCUGCAGACAAAGAUCAGCAAGGUUUCUCACUCUGCGCACUGACCGUAUUAAAGAUAUUUGAUUUGUUUCUCACUCUGCUUUGUCCAAACACUAGUCUCUUUUCCUCCCUCAGAAAUCGAAAUGUUAUUGAGCAUCCGAUUUGAAGAAGAGUUCUGUGUAACUCGAAAGUUUACGCCCCACCAUGUGAGCAUACAGUGGUACCUCGGGUUACAUACGCUUCAGGUUACAUACGCUUCAGGUUACAGGCUCCGCUAACCCAGAAAUAUUACCUCGGGUUAAGAACUUUGCUUCAGGGUGAGAACAGAAAUUGUGCUCCGGUGGCGCGGCAGCAGCAGGAGGCCCCAUUAGCUAAAGUGGUGCUUCAGGUUAAGAACAGUUUCAGGUUAAGAACGGACCUCCGGAACGAAUUAAGUACUUAACCCGAGGUACCACUGUAGGUUAGUCCUAUUCCGGAAGUUAUUCUACUGUGAAUUUUGUUCUGAAGUGAGCUUAGUAAAGGGGAACUGGAACUGGAGCAUGUCCUGUGAUUUUUUUUGGGGGGUGAGGGGUAGGGUCCCCGCAAGCAGUUAGGGCACGAAGCGAAAUCAUUUGAUUCCAAAAUGUCUCCUCGUGGCCCACGAAUGUUUGGUUACCACCUGGCCGUUACGGGUGCUUCGAAAGUUUCUUUGCUGUCUGGUUAAAUUUAGAGAGGAUUUCCUGCCUUUUCUUCUCUUUUCUGAAUGCCUCUGCAGCUGACAUAACUAACCCCUAACGCAUCAGCACCUAGAUUUAAACAUAAACGCAGCCUGAAUUAAGCACCUCGAAAUUCCACAGAUUCCAGCAGGGGACAGAUGCAGCCGAUGCCUGCUUCCUUGCGAAGCAAGGUAAAUAAAGGAGUUCCGAUGGGGCUUCUCCCAAAGGAAAAACGGAUAAGAUUUUUGCCUUAAGCAUCUGCACAGUUCUUUUAAAAUGAGCGCGCUUUAAAAGUGCUUAAGCCCGCCUUGGGUCGCUCAGUUAGGCUUCGAAUAAAACUUGACUACCCUAUCCUAAAUUUGUUUGACAACGCCAUCCAUUUGAACGCGGCUUCCUUCGUGUUAAAACUACGUAGUUCCUAGAAAGCCAGUGCCAUUCAUUCAUCCGUGGGGCUGUCUAUAAAGCCAAUUGCUCCCACCUGAAAAUUUAUGAAUGGCUUCGUUUCGCUUGGCAUUGCCCUUCCUCAGGAGGUUUCCAGUGGUCCCAGAGGCGCCUUCUCCUUCCAGAGGCCUAUCCAAGGCCGGGGCGUCUCUGUUGAGCCUCUGGGAGCGGAGGGACAGCGAGAGACGCCGCAGAGCCCACGGACAGGCGCACGUGUGCGCUCCGCAACCGCUCAUUUCGCACUCAAGCGCAGGAAGGCAAGCGCUCCGCGUCUACGCCUGUUCUUCCUUUUCGUAAGGCGGAUCAACGGGGACUCGCCUCCUUUGAUUCCGACAGCCUUGGAUUGCGAACAACGUGCGCUUCCAGGCGUGAAAGGGUCGCGGCGCCGCAUAAUUUUUCCAAAUCGGGGACCCAGCCUUACCCGCUCGUUUUUUAUUUUUAUUUUUUUAAUUGUCCAAAAAGGAAUUGUGACUGGCUUCUUUUUUAGUUUUUUAAUGGGAGCGGCGCCUCUAGACUCCGAUUCACAAUGCAGGUAGCAUGGGAGCUGGGAUCCGAAAAAGUGAAUUGGCACGGGUUCGCUGUCCAAAAGGGGAGAGGAGAAACUCCCUGCUUGGGGUCUUGCCCCGUGAUGGUGGGGGUCAUGCCAGCCUCUCCAUCUGUGUGCUCUCAAAGGCCUCCGGCCUGGAAAUGUACGAACGAGGACUCACGUGCGUCAGCAGGAGAAGCUGUUGCAGAGAAUAGUAGACCCUACUCAGCUCCGCUUUAUUUAAAUACAGUGGUACCUCGGGUUAAGAACUUAAUUCGUUCUGGAGGUCCGUUCUUAACCUGAAACUGUUCUUAACCUGAGGUACCACUUUAGCUAAUGGGGCCUCCCGCUGUCGCCGCGCCGCCGCUGCGCGAUUUCUGUUCUCAUCCUGAAGCAAAGUUCUUAACCCGAGGUAAUAUUUCUGGGUUAGCGGAGUCUGUAACCUAAAGCGUCUGUAACCCGAGGUACGACUGUAUAAGAGAGAUCCAGCCCGAUCUUGUGAAUUAUUGCUCAAAAGAGUUGCGAGGGAUCUACUACUCUCGAGUUAACCCUUAACAAAGGGUUGCCGCUGAAGGCGCGCAUGCCUGCGCGGAAACCUGUGGGUUUCUGACUGCUUGCCUCAUUUGUGGGCAUGUGGACAUGGGCAGGAUCUAACUGCGCGCCCUUCGGACGGCUCCUUGUUGCCUCAAGGGAGAUUUCCAUUUAAGGAUGAUCCGUGCAUUGGAUUGGGCUGCCAGUAAGAGCAUUUGCGGCAGAAUGUGGUGGCGUGGCGGGCAGGGGUGCGAUCUUGAAUAAAAAAAAAUUGGGGGGGGGGGGGAGGUAAGCCCUGCCCCGCAUAAUCUAUCACAUGAUGCGGCGCGCACACUGUUUGAAUGGCAAUGCCCAUCAACCUUUGGAGGGCCUUGCCCCCUUAAAUAUUUCGGGGGGGCACAGACCCCUCGGCCCCUAGCAGUUGGCUCCUAUGUGGCUAGGCCAUUGUCUUCCUCAUAUGUCGGGUCCCCGCCUUCGGAUGGAAGAGGUAUCGUUUCCGUUGUGAAGCACACAAUUAACACGCUAAUUAACACGUUUCUUUUCUCUGCUUCUAGAAUCCCGGUAACUCGGGGUGGGGCGGGAGGAAGGAGGGGGAAAAUAAUGGGAUAUUUUAAGCAGGGUAGAUAAUUAUUUAAAAUUACUCAGAUUACAUAAUUUGAAUUACUUUAAUUAUGACACUACCACGACUACAGGAAUAAACCGGGGUUUGCUUCUGCUGCGAGACAUUUUUUGGGGGGGAAUAAAAACAGUGUUUUGUUUUGCUUUUUAAAAGGAUCACACGUUUUAAAGUAAAACUAGAGUAAUAAUAAAAAUAAUAAUAACAUGAGCAUCUCUAACCUCCUACACGCUGGCUUGUGGGCCCUUGCUUUAAAAAUGUUUUUUAAAUAUAAAAGCAAGCAAGCAUGUAGGAAGAGUGAGGCGGGGUCCCAGCGUCCAUCCUGGCGGCCCCCAAUGCUGAAGCGGGGUCCCUCUAGGUGGUGACUUGGGGUGAGUCUUUGGCUGUUGGGCCCUGGACUUUGCUGACCAGUAGCCUCCACCAGUAGCCUCCAGUGAAAGCUGGACCAUAAAGAAGGCUGAUCGCCGAAGAAUUGAUGCUUUUGAAUUAUGGUGCUGGAGGAGACUCGUGAGAGUCCCAUGGAUUGCAAGAAGAUCAAACCUAUCCAUUCUGAAGGAACUCAGCCCUGAGUGCUCACUGGAAGGACAGAUCCUGAAGCUGAGGCUCCAAGACUUUGGCCACCUCAUGAGAAGAGAAGACUCCCUGGAAAAGACCCUGAUGUUGGGAAAGAUGGAGGGCACAAGAGAAGGGGACGACGGAAGACGAGAUGGUUGGACAGUGUUCUCGAAGCUAUGAACAUGAGUUUGACUAAGCUGCGGGAGGCAGUGGAAGACAGGAGGGCCUGGUGUGCUCUGAUCCAGGGGGUCACGGAGAGUCGGACACGACUAAACGACUAAUCAACAACAACAACACCAAGCCUCCACAUGAUGUUGGGCUCCAGUUCACCUCAUUCCUGACCAUUGGCUAUGAUGGCCGGUAUUGUAUUGCAGGGCCGGGCCAUUCUAGACUGAUGUUAUUUUCGGGUGGGAUCCAAUUCACAAGCUGGUUUGGGGCUCUUGCACAACAAACCACUCCUCACCCCAAACCAGACGUUUUAUGAUAGGGAAAGGAGCAGGAAAACCGUGCGAAGAGUGUGGGAAAACACUUCCUUUGAACCAGCACCAUCUCACAUUCCCCUCCCAGACAAAUCCGGGUAAACGCGCCAUAAAUAGGUCGUCUGGAAGCAGCACCUCCGGCUGCUGGUGGAUUUAUUCCGCUUUAUUAGUUGUUCUGCGAUGCUUCCCCAAUACAGUGGUACCUCAGGUUACAUACGCUUCAGGUUACAUGCGCUUCAGGUUACAGACUCCGCUAACCCAGAAAUAGUGCUUCAGAUUAAGAACUUUGCUUCAGGAUGAGAACAGAAAUCGUGCUCCGGCAGCGCGGCAGCAGCAGGAGGCCCCAUUAGCUAAAGUGGUGCUUCAGGUUAAGAACAGUUUCAGGUUAAGUACGGACCUCCGGAACGAAUUAAGUACUUAACCCGAGGUACCACUGUACUACCAUGUUACAGCUGUGCGGAGAGGCUGCCGCGCAACAAAAGUGGGACGCACCCCCCCCAUAAAAAACCCCCAUUUGUGGUCUUGGAAAAGGAUAUGCUCUGAUUGGAAACGUUUGCAGGCGGAAGCAGAAUUGAAAGCAGGAGUUGUAGAACUUUACAGAUAGCUUGACCAGCAAAGAUUGUCGCGAUGGCGCGGUAAAAAAAAAAGGUGUGUGUGUGUGUGCCUUGUAUGGACCCUGGGACAGGUGGGAGCUAGAGGUUCUCUACUCCUUUUCUAAACCCUCUGUUUAGCAGUCUCGGUGGAAUAGUACUGAAUCCCAAAUAUAGUGACCAUGGAAAUGUUUUAAAAACGAAAUUCCCUGUGUUGGAUCGUAUUAUCUUAUCAUGUAGCGCACGUAUUAUACCUAGCAGUAAAUUCUAUUGUGUUCAGUGGGAAUACUCUCUGGUUUAGUAAUCUUAUUUCGGGCGGCAGUCUUAGGGCGUGUUCCUAUUCCCGGCUUAAAAAUGCGGCCUCCCUCCCCCCCCUAAUUCGGAUCUAAACUGGCUUUGGGGAGAACGCGUGGGAACGCAGGAUGUCCUCAGAAAGGACAAGAUAGAUAACGAUCGUGGUUAGCUUCGUGCCUACCCGUUUCCCAAACCAGCGAUGGAUGCGCACUUAAUGCAGACUAGGAGGGCUUGUGCGAACAGCGCGUUGGGAACUUUGGGAAGGAAGGAUUAAAGCGCCUUUUAAAAAAAAAAACAGCGACACAAAACAAGUACUUCCGGGCUCAGAGACCUCAACAAUCCAUAAAACACCCAGGCCAGUAUUAGUCUUCUCGCGCUACAGCCUGGGCAGGAGUGGGUGGGAAGAGGUAUGAGCUAAUGUGAUGUUGAAUCUGGGAUUUUCCAGGGCCUCGAUGGGUACCAAAUGUGGUCUGACGCAAGGUCGCCGACGUCUUAUGAGCCCUAACCACUAUUCCUUUGAAAACGCAACGGGCCAACUCUGGAUGUUCCAACAUUAUUAUUGUCAACAUGUUCGGAAUAAUUGCAGGGUCAGAAUAGUCUCUGGGCAUUCAGGCGCGCUCCUUCCCUCGAUCCACUGCCCACUCCACGGCUCUGUGACUCUGCGGAUCUUUCGCUCCUUUAGGAGAGCUAGAUCCUCGAACCAGCUCGGCUCGCCGAGGCCUGAUCCUGCUCUUGCGCGUCUCCCUUCCGCGCAACGGCGUUUUGCGGAGGAGAACAGCCCAUUCUGUAGGUUCACAGUACAGAAGCACAAAAAAAUAACAUAACAAAAGCAAUAAAAAACACCCUACAAUUAAAAAGCUUGUAGAUGGUUUAAUUAGCCAGAAGCCUGGGAGAAGAGUGUUUUUGCCGGUGAAUCUCCUCUCUCGCUUUCCAACUUGUCGUUGUUUGCCGGACAAAAUAGACUUGGCCGCGCGAAGCGCUGCGCGCAAAGGAAAUGCGCUCUCCAGCCCACUUCCUCCGGACAGGUGCGUCAAAAACGAGUCCUGUGAGGGGGCUCAGGGUGUGGAUGGCGUCAAAGAGCAACGUUGGCGAAGCUGGACAGGUAAAUCGAGGUCAACAAUUAAAGAGCACACCCACCCACCACUCGCCCUAAGAAUUCUGAUGUGGGGACAGCCCUCUGAAAACGAGUGGGAGAAGCUUCUGAGAGUGGGUGGCCAAGAAGGAUCUCUCAGCCGAGGGAUUCCAAGCGGUUUUAGUCCCAGCUCCAUGACGGCCAUAGGCUACGCACCUAGAAUCUUGGCAAUAAAGGACUUCAUCCGCUCUGUGAGUGUGUGUGUGGGGGGGGGGUUGUUGUCACCUCAGAGAUUGCUAAAUAGCCUGGAAUAAAUGUGAGGCCGGUGGAAUCACAGAACUGCGGAGUUGGAAGGGACCCCCCUAGGGUUCUCUAGCCCAACCCCCUGAAGAAAUCGCAAGAAAGGCAUCCAUGAUAGAUAGCCAUCCAUCCUCUGCUUAAAAGCCUCUGCGUCAGGUCUCUGCUUGCAGGGCUACAAUCCAUCAAAGUUAGGCCGCAGUCCUAAAACCCCGCUUACCUGUAAGUCCCGUGGAAUUCAAUAGCACUUACACUGGUAGCUCAGGUUACAGACGCUUCAGGUUACAGACUCCACUAACCCAAAAAUAGUACCUCGGGUUAAGAACUUUGCUUCAGGAUGAGAACAGAAAUCGCACAGCGGCGGCAGCUGGAGGCCCCAUUAGCUAAAGUGGUGCCUCAGGCUAAGAACAGUUUCAGGUUAAGAACGGACCCCCAGAACGAAUUAAGUUCUUAACCCGAGGUACCACUGUACUUCUGAAGAGACGAGGCUAGGAUUUGAAUUCUUUCCACCUCCUACAAAUCUGUUAUGAGUCUAUGAAGCGUGCUUAAGGGAAAGCUAGCAGCCAUGGGAAGCUCUCAGUUAAGAGAAUCAUAUCCUGCCCCUCCGUUGCUCUCCAGAAAUGGAGAGAAGAAGCUCGAGAUCGUGCUGCGCACCGUCAAGACGUGCCCAAAUUAUACCGAGUCCUUGUUCGGUACCUCGAGAACGGGCCGCCUGAUCUAGGGCACGCUCGCCUGGCAGGAAGUGCCACGGGGCUCAGUGGACUGGACCUCCCUCCCUCCCAGGGAAGUGUCCAUAGGACAAUUCCCAUCAUCCCUAGCGAACAGGACCAGUGGUCUGGGAUGAUGGGAGUUGUAGUCCCAAACAUCUGGAGGGCCGGGGUUUGCCUAUGUCUGCAGUAGAAAGAGAAGUUCCUCUUCAUCGGAACUUCCUCAACAGGCCAUCUCCUGAAAGCUGACUGUGUUGGCUUCUCAGCCCAAGCAAGGGAAGCCGGUAAAAACGCAGCGGCUCCAGCCGUUCUUAAAAUAUAAAAUAAAAUCUGGAUAAAUUUUACAAGUUGUUUUUCCUAGGAGAAUUUCGAAAGGCGGUGUUUCGCCAGUGCUCUUUUAAAUUUUUUAAAAAGAAACGCGAACAGGUCGUCCUAGAAAUUGUUGUUUUAAAAAAUCCAGUGAAAUCCAAUGAAACCACUAUAAUGUAAUGAUGAUAUAAACCGAUGCCAUGUCAGUCAGAAGAUGACAGCAAGAGAUUCCUGCGUAAGGAAGUACUCGAGCGCUGUUGUUGCUGUUGCUUUAAAGAGAGAUAAUUUAUUUGCAAUUCGACUUUCACACCGUGGCCUCGCCACAAGCCUGUUAAUGGAAAUGAACGCAAAAUGAACCCGACGGUCUGUGAGUCUGUGCUUCGUUCAAAGCGCAAACCAUUUCCUCACCCCAUUCCAUUUGGAAAUCCCAUUCGUUUCACGUGGGUGGCUGCGUCCCCCAAAUUCGCAUCCUUUUGGCUUCUUGUGGCGCAUCAAGGUCCUCAGCUGGAUCCAUUAGCAUCGCUUUAGCAAAAGGGACUAGUUCAGACGCAAGAUCGGAAGCCUCUUUUCCGGGACCACCAACCCCCGUCUCCACUUAGUUUCCUAGGGUGGCUUAAAAAGCGAGGUCCUUAUCUGGGCUUUUCCAGGUUCCCUCCGUGUCUCUUGUCAAUUUGCCGAUAUAUUGCAGGAGUUUGAAGUGUCUGGCAGCAAAAUCCUAGAGAUACAAGGCUGAAGUCCUAAGCACACUUACCAGGGAGUAAGUCCCACCAGAUAAAUGUCCUUAGGCGCUUUCAGAAUUGACUUCAUCGGGUUCCAUGGUCAUAAAGAUCAUAUCAGUUUGACAGCCAGUGUGAAUUUUCUGCAGGAGUGGCACCUUCGCCCCGCGACCGUGGCCUGCCCGUCCCGAGGCUGUGGGUGUCAUGCAACGUGUAUGGCCUUGGCACCAAAAUUUGUGGGUGCCCGGCACCUUCAUGGGGAAUUUUGUGGGUGCUCGGGCACCUAGGGAGUUGGCACCUAUGAUUAUCUGAACCACACAGGACCAACCACAAAGGACAUGAAAGUCUCACCUGUUUCAGUGGGAGAGUCAAGCGCGCACCGCUUCCCCGAUAAAGGCAACCGGUCUUAAAGAGACUUUAAAAUGGGCUGGGUAAUUCUAAAGAAGAGAGUAGGGGAAUUUAUUUACUUUGGACUGUUUGCACGUUUUUUAAAAUUAAAAAAUUAGUCCGACCAAGUCAGGUUCAUCAUUUUUAGAAUCACGUUUCCUGGAAAUCAGUCAAUGAAACCUGCUUCCCGGUACGGCUCUGUUCCCUAAUAAGUUUACUUACAAGUAAACUUUGUUUAGCACCACAGCAUUCGCGACACUGCUGAGAAAUAAGUGUGAUUUUAGUAGAACCAACUUACUUCCAAGUAAGGCUGACAUUUACUUGAAAGUAAACCUCGUUGAGCUCGGUGAGCAAGCACGCGUAGGAGCGGGCGGCUUAAUAGGAUUGCUUCCUUAAACCGGUUUAAAAUGCUAAAUCAUCGCACGACCUACGCUGGGAAAUCCCCCAAGGGCGUGGAGGUGUGCCGGAAAGGAUUAGGGCGUGAGACAAUCCUGCAUUUUUGCAAUCCGACAAACGACAAUCCCUGUUUAGGAGGCAGUGGCAUUGACGCAAUCAGUAUACAUAUGCGUAAAUGUAGGGCACGCAAGAAGCCCCUCGGACCCGAAGGAGAGCUGUGCGAGAGUCCCAUUCGUUGAAAGCCAGUGGCAGCAGGGCUCCCCAGUAGCCUGACGACGUCAACCCCUCGACCAUGGGCGUAGCCAGGAUUUUUUUUGGGGGGGCUUUAUGUUGGGGCGGGCCCCGGCAGAACAAAGGUAUCCGCGACGCAGUUGGUCAGUUAAUAAUAAUUUUUUAUUUAUUUACUUACUUGAUUUAUUCACUCCCCUACUCUCAUAUCCUUCGUUUGUGGUCCGACUCUUAAUCUGGAGAGCAGGUCGCCUCAAUUUGGAGACUUUCCCCUCAAAAAUAAAUAAAUAAAUAAGAACGUACUGCUUUACAAUAUUUAGUAAACAUCCAGAAAGAUCCACAAAGAUGCUACAUACGGCGUCGAUAUUAUGUUGAAAAGGACCACUGCUUGCUCAGGGUUUGCAGCGGAGCCUUCACAGAGCUGCAGUUUGUUUCCCUCCAGAGUUCUGGCAGGCAGUAUUUGCAAAUGUGUGGAGUUUUGGAAAUAAUUUCCUGUCCUUCUGCCGCGACAGAAAGAGAGGUUUUGCUCGAAUAAUGACUUGGGCUUUGCUUCCUAAACCGAGGCAGUAAGUGUGAAAUCUCCUGUAGCCUUAGAUCUGUGCGGUUUCCUAUAAAGCAACUCUCAGGAAUAAUCAAGGCAAAAGUGUGUGCCUGUCUGUAGCAUGCCUGCAAGCACAGAAAGAUUUUAUUCCCAGAAAAGGUCACCGUCAGUGAGGACAGAAUAUUUAAGAAUCAUAUAUUUAUGAAGAAUUAAUUUUGAUGCAUUUUGCUGUAUAAAAAUUAAUGUGUCUCUUGAAAGAGGCCUUUAUCUCUCUGUUGAAAUUCACCCACUUAUGGCACAUUCUAUUUCUUCCAUACACUGGAGAAAAAGUCUUUAAUUAUUCCAUUCUUGCAUCCCAAAUAUGCCAUAGGUUUAAACUCUUAAAAAGUUAAUGUAAACAUGCACACUGAUGAUGCUACAUAAGUAAUGAACAUCAUCAUGUUGUGUUUUUGACAGAUCAGUUUCAUUUGGGGUGAGACAUUAAUGUUGCAUGCAGUAUAUCAUCAUAAUCAUCAUCACGAUUAGAGCCCAAAUAGCUUUCCACAACGGAAGCCAAACUACAGUAUUUUACAGCUAAAAUGAAUUUGCUUUGUAAAAGUCUCCUGGCUGCUGAAUACCCACUGGAUAUUUUCUGGAUUUGAUGAGUAAAAUGUUACCUUGAUGUUUGAUUCAACAUUUUUGGGUACGAUACAGCCAAAAGUUAAACACUUUAAAAGUUAUAUCGAUUCAAAAGGGACACAUUUAAGUAUGCGCUGAAUGCUUCAGUUGAAUUUAACAGUUUUUCGCUUUGUUUGGAAGUGCAAUUUUUGAUAGUAUUUGCUAGGUGGGAUAUAAAGUUUGAUAUCCAAAUUAAUUUUAUAUUGUAUUUUACAUUUUACUCUAUCUGAACUGGUACAACAAUGGACCUGUUCCUUAGUAUUUAACACCUGGCAGUUGCCAGAGGGGUUUACUUCCAGCAAAUAUGAUUAGAAUUCAGAUGUGUGUAUAGUAAUUUGUCAUUCUCGAUGGUAUUCAGCUAAGUCAUAAUCAACGGACCUGGUUAUUCAUGGCCAACUGAUGCCCAUUUCAAAAUCCAUUGAUUCCGAGUAUGACUUGGUGACUACGUCUUAGGUAUUCAGCAUACUAAACAUGGUUACAUGAAGGUGAGCACCCAUUCAUUUGCCCAAACUGGCCCUCCUUGGCCAAAGCAGAACUCUGUGCCUAGGAGUUAACUUUUCCAUCCAGCUCUUUCCUCUCUGUCCAGAGAUGCGGCCACAGGCAGGACCACAUAGCUGUGUACUUGCAGGGCUUCUUUUAACCCCAAUAUGGCUGCUUGAGUGGGAGAACUUCCAGGGGUUUCUGAGGCAGAAUGCCCAUUCAGUUUCAUUCAGUACUGUUACCAUCUACAUCUGCUAAGAGCCAUAGCUGGGGAGCAAACUGUGUAUUUGCAUCUGAUUAUCAUUAGGGUUUCAUUUCGGUAAUGACAGUGGAGUGCACCCACCCACCCCAUCCAGCAAAAGUUUAGAUUCCCUUUGUUCAUUGGGAGAGAUUUUAAGUACCGCACAUGCUUAAUUCUGCCAUUGAAAUCAGUGGGACUCCAAAAUGUCUAACAUUGCCUGAAUUAUAUCCACAAUGUUUGGCCAUCAUUCAAUACUCCACAUCUUCUAACUGUUUUCACUGGCUUGGUUGUGUGAAUCCUUACAUUCCUCAUAGUGCUUUUGAGUAAGGAAUCCUGCAGUUGGAGAAUGAUAAUAAUAAUAAUAAUAAUAAUAAUAAUAAUAAUAAUAAUACUUUUAUUAUUUCCUCUGGCCCUCUGGGAGGCUUCCAGCAAAAUAUAAAAACACUAUCAUUAAACACUUCCCUCUACAGGGCUGUCUUCAGACAUCUUCUAAAAGCCAUAUAGUUGCUUAUCUAAAUAAACAAAAAAAUUAAAAAAUUGUCCACUAGCACCUUAGAGACCAACUAAGUUUGUCCUGGGUAUACCAGAAAGCUUAUACCCAGAACAAAUUUAAUUGGUCUCUAAGGUGCUACUGGACAUUUUUUUUACUUAUUUUUACUGCGUCAGACCAACACGGCUACCUACCUGAAUCUAGUUGUUUAUCUGUUGGUGACAUCCGAUAGAAGAGUGGUCAUGUUGAUGAUAAUAGAUCACAUUGGACAUUUCUGCUACACUCUAACCAUUGAUGCUUCUCUAUGAUGUUCUGGCUCUCUCUAAAACCACCAUAAGCCUCCAGCCUAUUUCUUUUUCUGAUGCACACACAUGAAUGCCCCCGUAAACAUGUGUGCGCACACUUAGCAUUUGAAUAACACACUAAGCUCUUAAUAUCUGCCUCUGCCUCUUCUGCCAGGUUUUCAGGGUCUGAAAUAAUUUACGAAUAAUUAGACUCUGUUGCUUAUUAUUAACUGCACUGAAAUAAACGGGGUCUUUUUGUACGGCAUGCGUAUUAUAUUAUGAAUAUUUCUUAUGUUGGUUUAUAUUUCUUAUGUGUGUUUUUUUUGGGUGGCCAUUAUUGGGCUGUUGUUUUUAUUUUUAUUUGUUUAACAUAUUUUUAUUAAAAGUUUCUUGGUUUACAAAAAUAUGUGCAAUGUCUCUUUUUUCAAGUUACAUUUUCUACAGUCAGUUUCACGUGCUGAGACAUUGGUGUUGCAUUAGGAAGAAAAGGGGGAAAGAGGUGAGGGGGAAUGUUGAGUGGGGUGGGGUCGGGUGGCAAUCUUUCUAUUCUACUUAGUGUAUGUGUGGGGUUUUGUGUCAGUGUCGCUUGUGCGGGUUCUCUUCACUAUCCGCUUGUGUUCCUUUGGUGGUGAGAGAGGUUAGGGGGUGGCCUAGAGUGUGGUUGGCUGUCUUUGGUUAGCUGUAGUGAGAUUUGUUUUGUGUGUGGGGUGUGAAUGUGUGUAUUUUUGAAUCAGGUUAGCCAGAUUGAUUUGUAUGCUGUGGGUGGAUUCUUGUCGUUGUCUUGUUGGGCUGCGUAUGUGAUAAAGAGGAGCUAUACCGGGGUGAAGGAGUCUUCUUCUAUUUGUCCCCGUGUCAGUUUCAGUUUAUUGGUUAGUUUUUCUAAUAAGGCUGUUUCCCAUACUAUUUGUUAACAUUGGUCCAUGCUUACUCCUGACAGGUCUCUCCAGUGUCUGGCUAUUUUUGAUCAUGUAUUUUGUGGUUUUAUGUUUUGAUUUUGUUGUGUGAACUGCCCUGAGACCUUCGGGCAUGGGGCGGUAUAUAAAAUCUAUAUCUAUGUAUCUGUCUAUCAUCUAUCUAUCUAUCUAUCUAGCUAUCUAUCAUCUAUCUAUCUAUCAUCUAUCAUCUAUCUAUCUCUAUCUAUCUGUCUGUCUAUUUAUCUAUCUCUGUCAUCUAUCUAUCUCUAUCUCUAUCUCUAUCUCUAUAUCAUCUAUAUCUAUAUCUAUAUCUAUAUCUAUAUCUAUAUCUAUAUCUAUAUCUAUAUCUAUAUCUAUAUCUAUAUCAUCUAUCUAUCAUCUAUCUAUCUAUCUAUCUAUCAUCUAUCUAUAUCUGUCUGUCUAUCUGUCUAUGCAUGCAUGCAUGCUGUAAACUGCCCUGUGGCCUUUGGGUGAAAAGUGCCAUAUACUUUUCUAAAUAUAUAAAUGAAAUGUAUAGUAUCCAAUUAGGUUCAGACCAGAGUAUUUAUAUAAGCAGAUAGGAAUGAGAGCUGAGUCUGCAAGAUAGCGCUGUGCCUAAGGUCUCUAAGUGAGUUAAGGCUGAGAUUUGAACCAGGAACUGCCUAGUUCAUGGUGUUCAGCCUGUUCUUAUGCACGUUUACUCAGAAGUAAAUCUUACUGAUCACACGAGUCUUAAUUCUCAAGUUUGCACCCAAAAGAUUUCAGUCUUAGCUACUAUUUGACAUAGCUCAGAAUCAUAAAAAAGAUUAUUCCCAAAAUUCCAUUCCUCUUUUAGCUUAUGAAAACACUGGGGGAUUAAGAUCAGCAUUAUUAAACUCCUGCAUAGUAUAACAUUUGCUUCCAAAAUGAAAAGGGUUGCGCAUCAUAGAUAAAAAAAAUGACAUUUUGGACAAGAAAGCAGGAGACGGGAGGAGAAAAUGUUGACAGCAAGCUAGACAUUUAGAAGCCAAAUUUAAUCGCUUUGACAAAGUACAGAUAGUAGAGUUAGAUGCAAGACUUACCAACAGGAAACAUCCUUUAUGAAAUUAUUGAAUUGGAUUGAUGAACUUGAGAAGAAGUGGGAGCCGUGCCCAAAAGCAGUUGAAGGAAAGCUGCUGUUACAGGAACUUAAUCAGAAAAUGCUUUAUGCAUCUUGUAAACAACCUCAUAGAUUCAACAACCCCAGAUUCAUUUGUAACGGCUCGAGGAAGCUCAUUUAUCAGUGAACGUUUUGUAAAAAUCCAUGGCUGGGCUUUUAAAGGCAUUAUCUUAAGACCAGUGAAGACUUUAGCAAAUAAUUGCAGGUAUCAAUGCUGUUAGUGCCUGAUUUGUUUUCCUGGAGUCUCUUUGUAAAAUAUGGUAAUUGAAAUCUGUUACUUCAGAUUGUAGUAAAAUUUUAUUGGGUGUUGAUGGUGAGAUCCCUUAUAAUGAAAUACGUUUUAAAGGUAAAACUGUGCUUCUAAAUUGGAACGGUGUAGAAAGGACAAAUGUUUAUUGGCCAGCUUUAUGAAACAGAGGUGCAUUGGUUGUACAGCAAGUUCCCUUUCUUUUUAAAACAUUGGUUCAAUUUGCAUCUUCCUCUUACACUGGGCUUUGAGCAGGCUUCCCGGGAGGGGUUGAUCAGCAAGCUCUCACCUGUAAUAAUGUUACUAUUUGCACAGAUAGACAGGAAGAUCACAGGAAGUUGACUUUGGUCCAGUUAGGGGACAUUCCCAUCCAGCCACAGGCAAACUCGGCCCUCCAGAUGUUUUGGGACUACAACUCCCAUCAUUCCUGACCACUGGUCCUGUUAGCUAGGGAUGAUGUGGUGGGCUGGACUAUAUUUUUUGGGGGGGAAAUGAACGAAUUCCUAUGCCCCACAAAUAACUCAGACAUGCAUUUUAAAUAAAAGGACACAUUCUACUCAUGUAAAAACACACUGAUUCCCAGACCGUCCGCGGGCUGGAUUGAGAAGGCGAUUAGGGGCCUUAGGUUGCCUAGGUAAAGGGACCCCUGACCGUUAGGUCCAGUCGUGGCUGACUCUGGGGUUGCGGCGCUCAUCUCACUUUAUUGGCUGAGGGAGCCGGUGUACAGCUUCCAGGUCAUGUGGCCAGCAUGACUAAGCCGCUUCUGGCGAACCAGAGCAGCGCACGGAAAUGCCGUUUACCUUCCUGCCUGAGCGGUACCUAUUUAUCUUCUUGCACUUUGACGUGCUUUCGAACUGCUAGGUUGGCUGGGACCGAACAAUGGGAGCCUACCCCGUCACGGGGAUUCGAACCACCGACCUUCUGAUCGGCAAGCCCUAGGCUCUGUGGUUUAGACCACAGCACCACCUGUGUCCCUGCCUUAAAGCAUCUGCAUGCAAAAUAGGUGUUCUCCUACUAAGUGACAGCCCUACCCCUAAAAGAAAUGCCUUAAAAAGAAGACAAACCAUGACUUUUCUUCCACUGAGCAGGCCCAGCGUCUUCACAUUUUCAGUGCUUUUAUCAGCCGAUCAAACAGUUAUCGAGUCACAUAUCCCACUAUGCCUGUGCUCUGCAGGUACGCUGACCAUCUUUUAAAUUAAAAAAGGAGCUCUGAUUGCAAGUUUAUCCUAUUUAACACCCCCACCACCUAAUUUCAAAAGGGCCAGUGAGAGAGUAGGCUGGCCUCCGUCCCCACCCCAACCCCCGCAUCAGUUUUCCUUAAGCUCACUGCUCGGGCCAAUUCUAUAUGUACGGACAAAAUCCAGUGAGUGCAUUCCCAAGGCAGCCCCACUGCUGAAAGUGUGUAUCUUUGAAUACGCAUGUUUACGUAUGGCUGAGCUCCAUUAAAGGUACCAUGUAGCUCUCUAAUUUAAUGUUCUCUCCUACUUCACUUGAUAAAGUGACAGGGUCUGAAAUGGCCAGGGCAACCAAGGAAGAGAUGUUGGGAUUGUGUUGGACAGAAUGGAAAUGACUCAUUGAACAAUGACAAAAAAAAGGCACAUUCAGUUUUAGGGAUCCAGCCAAUAGAUCCAGGCAUAUAGACCAGAACUGUGGGACCUGAAUAUGGAGACACACCACAUAUUUAGCUUAUGUGAGGAUCCAGACUCAAACUUGGAUGUGGUCUUCCAAGUGCCAUAGCCAAUCUGAGAGACCAAUGCCAGCAGUAGGCCAGUAACACCAUUUAACACCUCGGGUUAAGAACUUAACUCGUUCUGGAGGUCUGUUCUUAACCUGAAACUGUUCUUAACCUGAAGCACCACUUUAGCUAAUGGGACCUCCCACUGCUGCCGCCACGCCACCGGAGCACGAUUUCUGUUCUCAUCCUGAAGCAAAGUUCUUAACCCGAGGUACUAUUUCUGGGUUAGCGGAGUCUGUAACCUGAAGCGUCUAUAACCUGAAAUGUCUGUAACCCAAGGUACCACUGUAUCUAAUUGUCUGGCUCUUGGAUUCCCCAGAAUGCCUUUUAUCCCAUCCACCUCCCCUCCCCAUAAUUUAAUCUGAUAUAUUUUUGGGGCCUGCCGAUUAGUUUCCAGGAAGACCUUGCUAUCUACCUCUCAUGUAUCCAUCCACUGGCUCCUCCUCCUCUUCCUCCAUGGCGACGACAACUAUAGUGGUACCUCGGGUUACAUAUGCUUCAGGUUACAGACUCCACGAACCCAGAAAUAGUACCUCGGGUUAAGAACUUUGCUUCAGGAUGAGAACAGAAAUUGUGCUCCGGCGGCGCGACGGCAGCAGGAGGCCCCAUUAGCUAAAGUGGUGCUUCAGGUUAAGAACAGUUUCAGAUUAAGAACGGACCUAGUCAGGCAGAAUGGAUCCUAGCUCAGGGGGAAGAGGAGCCAGAGGGCACCUGGUCCUAGCCCAGCUGAUAACCUGACCUGUGCUGUCCUCUUAACUCCAUGCAACGCUGCCCAUGGCUCACCAGGAGUAAACAGUGACCAUAAGAACACUUUGGAGGUCCCAAGCCUCAAGGAGGUUAGAUUGGUUUCAACUAGGGCCAGGGCCUAACCCUUUUCAGCACUGGCCCUGACUUGGUGGAACGCUCUGUCACAAGAGACCAGGGCCCUGCGGGACUUGACAUCUUUCCACAGGACCUGCAAGACAGAGCUGUUCCGCCUGGCCUUUGGUUUGGACUCGGUCUGACCCUUAUGUUUCCCUCCCCUUAUGGUCUUGAUUUAUCGGCUACUUUAAAAUGAGGCUGCAUUUUAAAUUGCAUUUUAACCUGUAUUUUAAAUUGGUCCCCCCCUUCUCUUUCCCCCUAUUAUGUUUUUACUGUGAUUUUAUUGGUGUUAGCCGCUCUGAGCCGGGGAGGGCAGGGUAUAAAUAAAAUUUAUUAUUAUUAUUUAUUAUAGUGGUCAGAGAAAAGGUGCAGACCCUGAGUCCUGAUGUUUAGUAUACAGUUGAAGCUGCUGCUUCUUUUUUCCGGAAAUUGUUUUUAUUUGAAUUUACAAAUAUAAGUCUAUAACAAAACCAAGUACAUAUCCAUAUAGAGAGAUUUCUCUGAAUCUCGCAACCUCCCACCAUCCCCUCCAUGGGUCCUAUUGUCAAUGUUUUCAACUACAUAUUAUUUCAUAAUCUAUAUUUUAUUUUUUUAUUUUAUUGAUACAUCAGGACAAUAACAACACAAAAAGGGGAAAAAAAACAAUAACAAAAAGAACAAAACAAAAACAAUAUACAGCAAUAAAAAGAAAUUCGAAAAUGGAUAUUGACAAUAAAAGUUACAACCAACGCAACCUUAACAUUUACACCACAUAAAUAUAUAUAACAUAAUCUAUAUUUUAAAUCUAGCCAUAUUGUCUAUAGUAAUUGUUACAUUACAAGUGAGAUUAAUAUCCUGCUAAUGUUUUCAUCUGCUUACAGUGGUCUCCUAAAUAAAUUACAAUCCCCCCCCCCAUUCUUUCUUGAAGUUUUUGUCUUCUUGGUCCCUGACCUUUCCGGUCAGUUUUGCCAUUUCGGUGUAGUCUAACAGCUUGGUUUACCGUUCCUCUCUGGUAGGAACUACUUCUUUCCAUCUCUGGGCUAAUAGCAUCCGCACUGCUGUUGUCACUUACAUGAAGAGUCUUUUCUGUUCCUUUGGAAUGCUGGUACCUACAGCUUCUGCUCUUUUUACAAAAGUUAUAUUAAACAUUUUUUCAAUUCAUUGUAUAUCAUUUCCCAGAAUGCAUUUAUUACCUUACAUGACCACCACAUAUGAUAAAAGGUACCUUCUUCUUCUUCUUCUUCUUCUUCUUCUUCUUCUUCUUCUUCCAUUUCCAGCAAGUAUUUGUACUUAUUUUAUACAUUUUUGCUAGCUUACUAGGAGUCAAAUACCACCGGCACAUCAUUUUCACCAUUGAAACUUAUUUUAAAUGGUAACCUGUCAAAAGAUAGAUGAGUUGAUGGGCAUCAUUGGCAAACUGAAUUUUCCAUUCUCUCAUGGGCAGGAAAUCAAAACUUCUGAUCCUAACCAUUGCACCAUUUUCUAUUUUGUCCACCAAAGAUGUAUAAAAUCUGAUGUAAAAGAUUUACAUCUCCAGCAAUAGAAAUAUUCUUGACAAAGGCAGAUACCCAAUGUCAAUCACACCCAUAGUAGAGCCAUUAAAACCAAUCAACUUCAGUAAUUUACCGUAUUUUUCGUUCUAUAGGGCGCACCGGCCCAUAGGACGCACCUCGUUUUUUGGGGGGGGGAAAUGAAUAAAAAAAAUUAUUCCCCCCCCCCGCCGCGGCUGCCGCCCCAAGCCUUGUGCACACCUGCAAGAAGCACGGGGCACCCUCCGGAGGGCUCCGCGUGCUUCGGGCGACAGGCUGCCGCCCCAAGCCUCGCGCGCUCGGCGGGACCUCCUGCCGGGCGCGCAAGGCUUGCGGACACUCGCCGGGGCUGCAGGCUGCUGCCUGCAAGCCUUGUGAGCCCGCGGGAACUCCCACCGGGCUUGCAAGGCUUGCGGAUAGCUUCCUGAAGCCUGGAGAGCGAGAGGGGUCGGUGCGCACCGAUGCCUCUCGCUCUCCAGGCUUCAGCGAAAGCCUGCAUUCGCCCCAUAGGACGCACACACAUUUCCCCUUCAUUUUUGGAGGGGAAAAAGUGCGUCCUAUGGAGCGAAAAAUACGGUAAGCCUAUAGAUGGGUCUACUCUGAGUAAGGAGCAGUUGAAUAUCAACCCAUCUUUUUUAAAAAAAGAGAUGUAUGGAUUUAAUAUUAUUGGUACAUAACCUGCAACAUAACUGGCCAACUCCCUGGGGCCUUGGGCGCCUGAGCACCCACAAAAUUCCCCAUGAAGGGGCUGGGCACCCACAAAUUUUGGGGCCAGGGCCAUGUAUGCUACUUGGCACCCAUGGCCCUGGGGACCCACAGUUGUGGGCCCAAGUUGGCGCUCCUGACCUGAAUAAAUCUUCCUUCAUUACUAUAUUUAGUGAGAUAGAGAAGCCUCUUUUUUUUGCUCUAAAAGAUUGUUUAUAUUACUUAUAAAUAUUUAUACUGCUAUACUUUGUCUUAAAAUGCCAGUGAAUUCUGUCUUCAAUAAAGGAUAUUUCCCCAUUUCCAUCUUUUUGCUUCAACAUACAUAUGAUGGGGAGAGACAGAGAGACACACACAGAGAGAAUUUGAUGGUCUUUUUAGUUUUGCAAACUGUAGGAUUCUUAAGUCCACUUUGCUUGCCUUUAGUGUGGCAUCAAGUAGACUGUACCAUCGCUAUUUAAAAUAAGAGUGCGAAUGAAUAAAUGUCUGUUAACACAUCAGGUUUUGGAAGAUAAAACUUUGGGUCGACAUGACUUGACAGAUUGGCUUUCACGACCAUCAACAGUCUGUCAUUUGCACUGAAUUUUCAUUCCAAAUGGUGUAAUUUAAUGAGGUAUGAAACCCUGAUUGGAGCCCAUGGGAAUGUCCUUUUAAAAAAGCUAAGUUGUGUAACCAUUACUCAGUCAACAAACCAGGCAUUUUCCUUUUUCUGAAAUACAUAGCAGGUUUCAGAGGCAAAUACUUACUGCAGAGAAGCAAACGCACCAAAGCAACUUGUUAGUUAAGAGGCAGAAAGCGUUUGGAUAGGUAAAUCACGGGUCCACUGUCCCAAUGACUCACCUUCCCUUCUCAGAGUUUGUAUUUUCUGUGGAUUUUUUGGCCGGGAUGUCUUCUUCUCCCAACUGAAAUUUAGCCAAAUCUGGGCUUUUGCUCACCAUCUACUUUUCUUACUGUCGAAAUCUAAAUUUCCUAAGUUCUUCAGGUAUUCUCUUUACUUUGCUUGUGUUGCUCUGCCAGACACCACCUAAACCAGGCAUGUCCAAAGUCUGUUUAGGGGGCCUAAUCCAGCCCGCUGGUCAGUUUAAUCUGGCCCCUAUGGCAGUUUAUUUCCUGGGGUAAAAUCCCUAAAAAAACUCAACAACUUCAAUCCUAAAAAAAGGUUAAUAACUUCGGUCGGCCCUCACGACCCUUCACUUCAUCAAAUCCAGGCCUCUUUGAAAAAAGUUUGGACACCACUGAGUCCUACACCAAUGGUUUCUUUCUUUCAACAGCAGCAAGAACUAUACAAAUGGUUUAGGAGGGGCGAAAGGGAGAGGAAAUUGCAGCCCUGACCUCAGGCUAUUGACCCCCGAGUGAAGCAUUUGGAAUUAUUACUACAGUUUUUAAUACACUUGCUCAGAAGUGAAUUCGUUUAAAAUCCCCUGGAAUUUGCUUUCAGAUAAAUUUGUUUAGAAGUGAGCUUAUCUUAUUUAUUGAAGGAGUCGGAUAUAGACAUCUGGUUUAUUAUUGUGCCUCUGGUGGAAUAUUAUUUGGUGUGAAUUCUUAUUCUCUUCACUAACUUCACCUGAAGUGCGUGCCUUACAGUGCAUGCCUGAAUUUGAUUUCAGACAAAUGAUGACAAUCCCAGGCUCUGAGAUCCAGCAAUGCCUGCUGAACAGCCACCUAGAGCUGCUUCAUCACUGAUGUGCAUGUCCAAAAUGUGGGAAAAUAUACACCUACUUUUGACCUUCAUCAGCUUCCAUCUGGGAUUGGAAGGGGUUGCAGGUGAAUGUAAACAUUCACCAAAUUUCAUGCAAAUCCCUAUAACAUAUAAUAAUAAUUUUUUAAAAUUUAUAUCCCGCCCUCCCCAGCCAAAGCCAGAGCGGCUAACAAUAGUAAAAAUAGCACAGUUUACAUAAAAUAGCAGUCAAUUAAUUAAAAUACAUUCUAAAAUCAAUUCAUUCUAAAAUCAAUUCAGAAUCAAAUUAAUGGCAACCAUUGGACUAGAGUUCUAUGAGGUUUACAGAAGGAGGGGAUCAGACUGUGCCCUGGCCAAGGCCUGGUGGAACAGCUCUGUCUUGCAGGCCCUGUGGAAAAAUGUCAAGUCCCGCAGGCCCUAGUCUCUUGUGGCAGAACGUUCCACCAGAUUGGGGCCACGGCCAAAAAAGCCCUGGCUCUGGUUGAGGCCUGCCUAACCUCCCUGUGGCCUGGGACCUCCAAGAUGUUUUUGUUUGAAGACCGUAAGGUCCUCUGUGGGACAUGAAAGGAGAGGCGGUUCCGUAGGUACAAGGGUCCUAGGCCAUACAGGGCUUUAAAGGUUAAAACCAGCACUUUAAACCUGUUCCUGUACUCCACCGGGAGCCAGUGCAGCUGGUAUAGCACCAGGUGAAUGUGAUAUAUGCUAACAAUGGGAGAAAAUAUUACCAGUAUCAUUCAUCUCCCAAAGAUAGUAUUUUUUUGUCAUAUGCACAAAUGUCUGGUUUAAAAAGCUGGCAUCAUAUUGUUCUGUGCUCCCUGCUUCCUUGGGUACUGGGAUGUUCCAGAGACAACAUUAGUAGGUUAACAGCACAAUAUGGCUCCUUCACGGCCUAGGACCCUCGUACCUACGGGACCGCCUCUCCUGGUAUGCCCCACGGAGAGCCUCAAGGUCCAUAAAUAGCAACACCCUAGUGGUCCCAGGCCCUAAGGAAGUUAGAUUGGCUUCAACCAGAGCCAGGGCCUUUUCAACACUGGCCCCUGCCUGGUGGAACGCUCUGCCUCACGAGACCAGGGCCCUGCAGGAUCUGAUUUCUUUCCGCAGGGCCUGUAAGACAGAGUUGUUCCGCCUGGCCUUUGGCUUGGAGCCAAUUUGAUUCCCUCCCCCUCUUUCUUUUUCCUUUUUCCUUUCUCCUCCUGUGAUGAGGCUGCAUUUUAAUAUUUUAAUGUUUCAAUAUUUUAAUGUUGUAUUUUAAUCUUGUUUUUAAGUUGUAUUCAUUCAACUUGUUUUUAUUAUUGCUUGUUAGCCUCCCUGAGCCCGGCCUUGGCUGGGGAGGGCGGGGUAUAAAUAAAAAUUAUUAUUAUUAUUAUUAUUAUUAAUAUGUCAGGGACUGGGCAGAGAAGAAGACAGUUCAGAAUUACAACAGGGGUUUGAGGGAGAUCACAGCUCCGAGGCAGAUGGGAAAAGCUGGGAAAUAAAGGGAGAGGAGGAGGAGGAGGAAGAAGCACCAGGAAGACAACAGCUGAUGGACACAGUAUUUAUAGAAAGCAUUCCAGACCUCCCAGAACCCGGUGAGCAUUGAAAGUAGGAGAGCAAAGAGCUCAAAGACAGAGGGCACUUUUCAGCAUGCAUAGUGAUCACGCCUGAGGGAUAGGGAGAGACGGAGGGGGUGGAGACUCACUUGGGAAAAUGCCAUUAUUCCAAGAAGCUGCAUUCCCAAGCCUUUCUCUGUGAAUAUGGAAUAAAAAGCAGAUGGUAAAGACUUUUCCAUGUCUCCCCAGUUCCUGGCGACCUGCCAUGGGGGUUGGUUCCUUUGCAGCCUGACAUCGUAAGACAUAAAUUCCAUUGCAUUCAAUGAGGCUUACUCCUGGCCAAGGCAGCAAUCUUGGCCCUUCUUAUCUGAAUUCAAUAGUGCUUAAUUAUGAGUAGGUGGUUAGGAUUGCCCUGCAAGUGUAGCCCAAGUUGAUUUUCAGACAAGAGUUCUGUGUACCUUUGUAAUAUUUGCUUUGCAAUUUGCAAGCAGAGAAGUAGCAAACCAACACUUUUCUAAGCAGAUGGCAUGUCUGCCUGCCUCAGAUUCUCAGAAGGGACCUUGUCUCAUCUACUCAGGGAUGCCACCUUUAUCUAGCCAAGUCCAGCUAAACAUUCUGUCCAUCUGUCUUGCUUUCAUCCAUACUGUAUUCUAAAAAAAUCAUCUGUUGAAUACUGACAAACCCAGAUGAAUACAGAGAACAUACGUGCUCUAUGAAGUCUUUCUGCACCUUUUCCUCAGCCAGAGGGUUAUCACCUUGCUCAAGUUGGGUGGGCAUUGCAUUCCAAAAGCUGGAGAUAAAUUCUCCACUGAUCAGGAGAACAUCUCCUGCUGAAACCUUCAUUUAUCAUUCCGGGAUACUAUUAUCCAGCAACUAUGCUAACAAAGUAACGGGCGAGAAAAUAUUUAUUUAUAUUUGCAAGAGUAUUUUUAUCCCACCUUUCCAUUUCUGCAAAUAUGUUCAAGGUGGCUAGCAUCAAAAUGAAAAACAAUCAAAUCUUCCUUUUUUAAAAAAAUGAUUUAAAACUUUGAACUGAUCUUUGAAAUCUUUCAGCUGGAACCACCAAUAAGAUGACAUUCUCUGGAGCAAAGUCUAGCAGCAUGGGUGGCACUGAGAUCUAAACCACCGAGCCUCUUGGGCUUGCCGAUCAGAAGGUUGGCGGUUCGAAUCUACAUAAUGGCGUGAGCUCCCAUUGCUCUGCUCUGUCCCAGCUCCUGCCAACCUAGCAGUUUAGAUCAAUAGGUACCACUGAGGCAAGAAGGUAAAUGGCAUUUCCGUGUGCUCUGGCUUCCAUCACGGUGUCCCGUUGCACCAGAGGCAGUCUAGUCCUGCCUGCCACAUGACCUGGAAAGCUGUCUGUGGACAAAUGCCGGCUCCCUUGGCCUGAAAGCGAGAUGAGUGCCACAACCCCUUAGUUGCCUUUGACUGGACUUAACCGUCCAGGGGUCCUUUACCUUUACCUUACCAGCUGUAGGGUCAGGACCUGGUACCUGGUCAUGGCCUGAUCUAAGGUGUGCCACAGCAAUAGCAAUGCCAACAUGCAGACGUAUGGUUGGGCGGGCUACAGUAGCUCAUGGCCACAGCUGCCACCUGGGAAUCCAGUAGCAAAGCUGGGGCAAAAUGAUUCAUGUUACAUGAUGGAAAAAAAGCGAGAGCUACCAAUAAUAAUAGGGACGUGGGUGGUGCUGUGGUCUCCACAGAGCCUAGGGCUUGUCAAUAAGAAGGUCGGUGGUUCGAAUCCCCGCAACGGGGUGAGCUCCUGUUGCUCUGUCCCAGCUCCCGCCAACCUAGCAGUUCGAAAGCAUGUCAAAGUGCAAGUAGAUAAAUAGGUACCACUCUGGCGGGAAGGUAAACGGCGUUUCCGUGCGCUGCUCUGGUUUGCCAGAAGCAGCUUAGUCAUGCUGGCCACAUGACCCAGAAGCUGUACGCUGGCUCCCUCGGCCAAUAAAGCGAGAUGAGUGCCGCAACCCCAGAGUCGUCCGUGACUGGACCUAAUGGUCAGGGGUCCCUUUACCUUUACCUUUUACUACUACUACUACUACUACUACUAAUAAUAAUGAAUAUACUGCCCAAUACCCGCAGGUCUCAGGGCGGUUCACAGGAUAAUGAAAUAAAAUUAUGAGCUGGAGCUACUGAAUAUUUGGUGGAAGGGUCUGAGUCCAUGUCUGGGGAUAGUCUAACCCACUGCUGAAGUUCCUGAGCUCCCCGGGAGCUCUUUCCUGUCUGGGAAUGGUGGGUCAUGCCCUUUUGGCCUCCAGCCCUGGCCCAAAGCCUGUUUAUUUAGCACUGGGCAGAGACGGUGGGGUUAUUAAGGGGAUUUGCUAGAGCUGAGAGACCAUAUCUCAGGGAGUGGUGACAGAGCAGCUCCCUGAUCUCUGCGGUUUUCCAUGUUUGCGCUGAGGCCUGUGAUCGGAUUCCUCCUUAGCAAGCAAAUUGCACAAACUGUUUGCCUCCAAGUGCUCUCUCCAGCAAAACCUCAGAGCUCUUUUCCCAGCAUGGAAUAUUUUUCUUUCCCUUUUGGACACAGCAGAAGCUGCAAUGUGGCAUGAAGCAAGGCGCCCGGGAGGCUCCAGGGUUGCAUGAUGUCAUGAUGGAACACAAUGAAGCAUAAGGAAAGGGGGGGAGGGAGGAGGAGAGAGAGAAGAAGAAGAAGAAAAAAUUCGGGGAAGAGGCGGAGAAGAGGAAUAGAGCGGCAGCAGCUGGAUCCAAAACAGUCUGCAUGCAAAACAUUUGUGCUCAUUUUCAGCUGGAUCCCAGGAAACAAGGGAUGCAUAAAAAGUCCAGCUUUUUCUUUCACUGGGCUCACUACUGUUGCUGCGGGAGUAAUGUUCAGCAUUCAGACAGUGCUCAGAGUGUCCGGUGCACUUCAUAUGGAAUCACAGAGUUGGACCAUCUAGUCCAACCCUUUGCAAUGCAGGAAUAUACAGCAGUCCCUUAUGGGGACUGAACCUGCAACCUUGAUGUUGUCAGCACCAUGCUCUAACAAACUGAGCUACCCAGCUAUCCUGUGUUAGUAGUCUUUUACACUACAGCAUCCUUCUCGUGUAGAUCGCUUUUAUUAUUGUCAUAUUGCAAGGUGGGGGGUGGGGGGGUGAGGCUGAAUAAAAGUGGCUUUCUUGAGUCCCCUCAGUCACUUGUCACUCCAGAUGAAGAAGAAGAGUUUAGAUUUUAUAUCCUGCUUUAUCACUACCCGAAGGAGUCUCAAAGCGGCUAACAAUCUCCUUUCCCUUCCUCCCCCACAACAAACACUCUGUGAGGUGAGUGAGGCUAGCCCAAGGUCACCCAGCAGCUGCAUGUGGAGGAGCAGGGAAGUGAACCCAGUUCACCAGAUUAUGAGUCCACCGCUCUUAACCACUACACCAUGCUGGCUCACAUAUAUAGAAUGAAGCAUUCUAUAUAACUCAAAACCUUGAAUAUGAUCACCCCACAAAGAAGUGGGCCAAUAGGUGAUGCCACUCUUUAGAGGCUUGCCACAGUGUAUCUGUUCCUGUCUCUUCUGCAUAAUCUAUCAAGGAUAUGAUUACUGCAAUGGGUCAUAUGUAGGGCUGCCUCUGAAGACGGUUCGGAAACUUCAGCUGGUACAGAAUUCAGCAGCAAGACGAUUUGAGCAUAUUACACUGAUCCUGGUUUGACUGCACUAGCUACCAAUUGAUUUCCGGGCCUAAUUCAAAGUGGUGGUUUUGACCUAUAAAUCCUUAAAUGGCUCAGGACAGCAAUUCCUCUUUCCAUAUGAACCUACCUGGACCCUGAGAUCACCUUCUAAGGCCCUCCUUUGUGUGCCUCCUCCUUGAGAGGGCCGGAGAGUGGCAACACGAGAACGGGGCCUUCUUUGCAGUGGCUCCCUGUCUGUGGAAUGAUCUCCCCAGGGAAGUUUGCCUGGCGCCUUCAUUAUACACCUUUAGGUGUCAAGCAAAAAACAUUCCUUUUUAACCAAGCCUUUGGUUGAUCUGAUUUACAUCCUAUGCCCUGUUGCAAAGUGCUUGCCACAUUCUCAGAUAACUUCUUUCAGCACUGUUGGGUAUGCUUCUCAGCAUGUUUCUCAGCUUUCUAGUUCGUAUUUCCUGAACAAGCUAAUUGAUUCCAAUAAUAACAAAACCAUAUCUCUUUGCAACUAUACAGAGCUUUUCCAGGACACAGGACCAUAGAACCAAAACUCUGACCAUGAGACCUGAAUAACGUCUGCUCUGUAUAAUCUGUAUAUUGUUCCUAGGGGAGCAAUUGUGAAAUUCAGCAUAUCUGUUUGUCUGUCUAUAAACGCACACAAGGCAGGAGACAAUAUCACUUGCUUGAAGACUAAUUAUCCAGAACUUUGUAGAAGCAAAGACUGGUAGUUGCAGAGCACAGAGAGUGCUUCUCUGUGAUGGAGAAAGGAAAUGGCCACAUUGUUUUGUUGACUCCUAGAGCUGAAACAGACAUUGCACGCCAACAUCAUAGCUCCAAACAAUACCAGAGUCCCUGCAGAUGCUUUAAAUAUGGGGCAGCUAUUCUCCUAGACUAGAAGUCUGAUUUGGCCCUUAAAGCAAUUUUUUUCUGGACUCAAUGUAGGGCUAAAACAGAUAUGAUAUGAAAGUUCAGUGACUGGCUCUCUAGAUUACACCCCCCUCUUCACUUUAAAUUAUUAUUAGAUAUUUAUUUAUACCCUGCCCUUUUCCCUGACAGGGACUCAAGGCAGAUCACAGAUAAAUAUAAGAACAGCUAAAAACAAUGGGGGGGGGGGGCGGAGAAGAUAGAGCAACCAUUAAAAACCAUUUAAAGUAGCUGCAGAGAUUUUGAUCACAGCAUUGUUGCUUGGACUCCAAAGCAAAGUUUGUUGCUCCUGGCUCAUAUAAAAUGCAGGUUUUAAUUCAAUGUGCUGGAUAGAGAAACUUGGCCUUUUAUUACAAGUAUAGAUAUUAACAAGUACAGAUAUUACAGUGAUAUAGUAUUAAACAAGCUCACAAUUAUUUUUUCCUUUCCUCUUGUUUUGAUCUAAUUUAAAACCCUAGCGUUUUCUAUCCUGGGCAUAAAUGGAGAACGUUUUGUUUGUACUCUGCUAAGCCUCUUUCUGCAGAAUCUGACUCUCACGACUGCCUCUAGGGUGGCAGGAUGUCCCUGUGCUGAGUUCUAUCCACUGAUGCUGCAGACAAAAUAGUGUGCAGGAUGAAGCGCACUCAGUGUAUAAUUGACUUUUGGUUUGCCGCUGCGAGUGCUCAAACAUCCCUGCUUAGUGCAGUGUGCAAAAUCUUAGGGGUCAGAACAGCCAAAGCAAGGCUGAAUGCAGAAAAGCUCUCACAUAUUAACAACAACAAUAAUAAUUUAUUAUUUAUACCCCGCCCAUCCAGCUGGGCUUCCCCAGCCACUCUGGGCGGUCUCCAACAAAGUAUUAAAAUACAGUGGUCUGUUAAACAUUACAAGCUUCCCUAAACAGGGCUGCCUUCAGAUGUCUUCUAAACGUCUGAUAGUUGUUGUUCUCUUUGACAUCUGGUGGGAGGGCGUUCCACAGGGCAGGUGCCACUACCCAGAAGGCCCUCUGCCUGGUUCCCUGUAACUUGGCUCCUCACAGUGAGGGAACCACCAGAAGGCCCUCAGCGCUGGACCUCAGUGUCCAGGUAGAAUGAUGGGGGUGAAGAUGCCCCUUCAGGUAUACUGGACUGAGGCCAUUUAGGGCUUUAAAGGUCAGCACCAACACUUUGAAUUGUGCUCGGAAUUGAAAUGUGCUGGGAAUUCCCUGGACAAUCAAGUACCUGUAUUUGCUGUUCUGUCAUGAAUUUCUUCACCACUUUUGAUGUGUGACGGGGGGCUAGAUCCUGCUGCAAUAUCCCAGCACUGUCAGGAUACCUCUUUUCCAGCUCUCAAAUAACUCUCUUUCGUAGAACCUCAGUAUAUUGUGGUGAGUGCAUCAUUCCUUCUAUUGGCUGCAGACUUCCGACGCUAUAAUGACCAGCUGACUUCUUGUGUUUGUUUUGAGUACAGGAUUACGAGUAAGAUAGAAAACAUGCUUUGUUUCAAUUAAUUUGCACAAGGGUGUACAGUAGAAGGGAGAAAUUGAUAACUUUUUUGCAUUGCUCAGUAUUUGCUCAGUACACUCUUGAAAUAUUCCCCCCUUUAAAUAGAGAAUUUAUUUUUUCCCAGUAGGAAGAAGGAGUUGUUACAUACCCUUCACCCUAAUGCGAAGGGUUCCGUUUAAUACCUAGUGUUUUCAGCUCCUUGCCUUUCUGAAACAUUUAUCUACCAAUUACACUGAAAUUUCCCAGACCCCUGUUGCCUGGUUAAAGAUGAACAUUGGGGAAAAGACUGAGCAAAAACAAUGUCAGGGUUUUUGAGUGAAAGGUGAGUGGGAAAAGUCCACAGCUUGUCUCUCAACUGAUAUGUUCUGAAAAGAGAACAGGGCUGGGGCUCGGAUAUCAGAAGUUGUCGCUAAAUGGGCAUUAUGGAACAGAGUGGGAUCAUUGCAGGAAAACGGAAGUGGCGAAGCUUAGCAAAACAACCAGAGUGUUUGCCUAAGUUGAGUUUUUGACAGAUCUUUUAAACUGAACAUACCAGAGAAAGGAUACAUUGUCCGCGUUCUUGCGAACCUUUCAAAGCAGCUUCAGUUUAUGCAGGAAUGGUCCUUUGCAACAACUCCCUAAGCAAUUAUGUACUGUUCCUGUGUAACAGUUUCUUAUAGGAAUGGUUAGCUUUGGUUUCCUCCAGCCCCUCUCCUUCCUUACCUAACAAGGAUGGAGAAAAAUAUCCUCAAGGCAAUAGGAAAGGAGAGGGUGGGAUGAGGCUGAAUGGAGCCAGAGGGCUAUAUAAGCCAUUCAGGAGAAUUGUCAGCAGGGCCUAACCUUCCCUAAGUUGGGCCAGGCCUCUUCCUUGAAUAUUCCAAUUUCUUUUAUUUUUAAAAAUAAGGUUUUCAGUCCCUUUACAGACGGGAAUAUAAGGGGAAACAUACAGCCAGCAUUCAGCCCGAUUUCCCAGGAAACAGGACAUUUACACCUUCCAAGUUUUGGGGCAAUGAAUGCCAGCACAACAGGGCUGGCUCUGUCAUUGAGCAGAGUGAGGUAGAUACCUCAAGCAGCAGCGCUGAGGGCCAGCAGUAGCAGCUCCCUCCUGCCAUUCCUCUCCAUUGGAGGACAGAACUGGGGGCACCAUGCCACCAGCUCUGUGCACUAGCCAACUUCUGUCUGGGGGUGGAGAAUGCUGUCUUUUCAGUGUCACACAUUUGACUACCAGCUAGGUCAGCUUCUCCACGUGGACCCAUGAGAGGGCGCCAUUAUGUUUUUCGCCUCAGGCAGCAAAACCUCUUGUGCCACCCCAGACUGGCGGCAGAAGGAGCGAGAAGUACUUGUCCUCUUAAAAAUAAAUAAAUAAAUGGAAAGUAAUUUACGCUGUAGCAUCCUGCACAUGUCUACUCAUAAAUAACUCCUGCUGCAGUCAAGGAGAUUUACGACCCACGAAGUUCUACUAGGGGUUUGGAACACCCCACUUCCCAGGACCACAUACCCUCAGAAGUGCCAUUUCAGGGGGCCCCUGCCAGUGGUAGAUGGAGCCAGAGGUAGUUAGGGUCAAAUUCGACUGGACUUAACUGUCCAGGGUCCUUUACCACCACACAAAUCCUUCCAUCCAUCUCUCAGUCUAAUUAAAUAAGUUGUUUCUGGUCAUCACAGGAGUGUUUAGAGUUGAAAUGUUUCUGUUGCGAACUUUAUAAAAUGAUGAAACAGGAACUGAACUUUACACAAAACUGUGGACCUCUUACUACAAUUGUACUGAGCAUGGCAGCUGCCCUAAAUUUCAAUUUUCUGCCAGUGUUUCCCUGAACUACCUCCCUCUAUGAAGCCACUUCCUACUGCCAGAAAAAGGGUUUUCUGCUGUAGUUAACAACAUGAUUUGAAAUCAUGUCAUAGGUUUUAAAUACUGCCUGCCUGCCCCCACUCUAAUUGCUAUGGGGGGGGGGAGAACUGGGAUGAUUUUCACCAGUAUUUCAACUUGGGAGGGAAGCUGUGAAUCUCCUUGUUCCAUGUGAUGCAUUGCUUAGGAUAAUGUAUCCCUCCUAAAAAUCUUGGUGUUUAUUUUUUUUAAAUCCUCAAUGUGAUUGGAAACCACAGCAUCAUGUAAUGUGUACAGUGGUACCUCGCAAGACGAAUGCCUCGCAAGUAAAAAAAAAGGGUUUUUUGUUUUUUGAGCUGCUUCGCAAGACGAUUUUCGCUAUGGGCUUGCUUCGCAAGACGGAAACGUCUUGCAAGUUUGUUUUCUUUUUCUUAACACCGUUAAUACAGUUGCGACUUGACUUCGAGGAGCAACUCAUAGAACGCGGUGUGGUAGCCUUUUUUGAGGUUUUUAAAGACUUUGGUGAUUUUUGAAGCUUUUCCAAAACUUCCCCGACACCGUGCUUCGCAAGGCGAAAAAAAUCGCAAGAUGACAAAACUCGCGGAAUGAAUUAAUUUCGUCUUGCGAGGCACCACUGUACUUAGGUCCAAAGUGUGUGGGGUUGGGGAUGGAAUGUCGCACAAUGAUCUUUACUGCUUAGUGAAGGAACCCUGUGGAGAUUUCAGUAUCCCACCAAGGAAGGAGGUAAAACAAAAAGGAGCUGUCCAAUGAAACUAGUUGCUCCAGUUUGGCUAUGAGCUGCUUUCUCUACAUCUCAGGGCAAACUCCAGCAGAGGAGGGAAAUCAUAAAGUUCUCUCUCACACACACAGGAAAGAGAGAGAGACAGACAGAGAAGAGGACAUAUUUAUAGUCUUCCCCCAUUCAAGCAUUCCACUGAUUUCACUCCAUCUUGCUGCUUUUUCAAAGCUAUUUUUGGCCUUCUUGGCAAGGAAUGUCAGGGUUUUGUUUUCCAAUUAAACAGAUUCACACCCUCCAGGCCUUAAGUAGCUUUGCUAUUUUUGUCUGUCAUGGAUAGUGAGAAAUGGCAAUCUCAAGCCAGUCACAAGUACAUCUACAGAUGUUCAACAGUUGUACAGGUACCCUAUGGAAAUACAGGAAGCAGGAUCUCCAUGGUGAGCUGUUUCUGGACUCUUCAAUAAAACCUUUUAUAGUAAAAAGUGCUGGAAGAGAAAAGGAACUUGGCUCUUCCCUUCUUGCCUGUCUCCACAGGUUUCUAGGAUCUGAAGCAAACACAAUACUCAGCCCUUCCACUUUUUCUUCUCUCCUGCCCUUUGAUACAUAAUCAUCUCCAAAUAUUCUGAGCAUGACCACUUCAUUUAGCUUGGAGGUAGUCACCCCAGCCUUCAAAGUCUAUUAGAAAACUAGGCUAAAAACAGGCACAAUAUAUUCCCAGCAGCAGGGUGUUUUGGAAGAAUUAUUGUUGUUUUUACUCCAAUGUUUCCUCUCCAGGGUUGAGGAAAGAAAGAAAGAAAGAAAGAAAGAAAGAAAGAAAGAAAGAAAGAGUUUUGCAUGGUGCUGAUUGGCUGGCCAACCCUGUUGCCAUCACAAAAUCUCCUCCUAAAAAAGAAAGUUUCCAUUUAUUAUUGUUCUAAUCAGCACCAUCAAGACAAGCAAAUAAGUUGUACACAUACAUAUGACAUUUAAAAACACACAACAUCAACAACAAAGAAUGAGAAUGCAGGCUCACCUAUUAGUCUUCACUAAUGCAAGUUUGUUGGCUGAGUUAGCAUUUGAUUCACUGGUAUGCACAUCUGACAUUUCAACUGUGACGUUUGGAGUGUUGGAGAAAAGCAAAUAUAUUUCCUUCUCUGAAGCUUCUAGUAAAUGCAUGUGUUACUUUAAACCACCAGAGGGCAAUCCUUGUGUAGCAAUCCAGCCAACACUUGUUUGUAAGCCUCUGUCUAAGUUAACUCCACCCCUAGAAGCUGAGCCAUUUUGUUUAUUGUUCUCUUCCAACUUGUUGAGACAAGAUGUCUGCUAUUUCUUUCAUUACUAUUCACCCUGUAAAUAUUUCCUGCAUGAAUAAAGCCUUUGAACUCUAUAAAUUGUAAGUGAUUAUUCUGCUCUAAUUCACUCAAGCUGCAAGGUCUGCUAACAUGGAGAAAGUCAAAUUCACACCAAGCCAGAGGGAUCCCUAUUUUAGCUCAGAUUUUAUACUAUUUCUGCCUUCUCACAGCUCUUCACUUAGUACAAAUAGUGACUGUUUUUUAUCGUAACAGAAAAGGCAUGUAACUGAAAUCUUGCAUUGAUGUGCACAUUACACUAAAAAAAUGAUAAAUGCUUUCGAGUUGUGGUUCAGGUGAUGUUUUGUUUGUAGGUGUAAGAUGUUGGCUUGCAACUGAUGGGCUUUGACCCACAAUUUACUUAAUUUGAGUUGUGCUGGUGAUACUAGGUUAAUCUUCUGGAGACUGAAGGAGACAGAGAAAGCAUAACAACAAAAAAGAAGACAAAUCGAAAGGGGGAAAGGAUGAAUCUACACAGACAGAAAGAAAGAUGGAGUAAAAUGUAUAGUAUCUGAUUAAAAAAAUAAAAUUGGAUUCCAAGUUCCUGGUUGGAGCGUAGGAAGGUUUUGGAAAUAGAAAGGUUGGUGUAAGAGAAGGCAAGCUAUUGAGUUGCAAAGUUGUUGUUGUUGCUGGAAACCUACCCAGUAAGACUUUUGUGUUACCCAGUCAAGUAUCCGCUGAUCAAGCAGGAGAUAUCACAGUACAUUUUUUAUCAUUCUCUUGGAUUCUCUAUGCUUUAGUCAUUGUUUUUUAAUUCCUGUGUUUGUGUCCCUUUCCUGCCUUAUGCCUCCCUAAUAAAAAUCUUGGGGAGUUCUACAACAUGCAUUUGCAGUAGCAAGCCAAAAGAUCUCACACUGACAUCCAACAGGCACUUGUGAGAUCCAAGUAUCCCAUGAAAAUGAACAGAGACAAAUUAUUCUUCUGCUUGAACUUGGCCUUCAGAAACGGGACAUGGUGUUGUGAGGCCAGGUUUCACUAAGAUCAUGGUCUGUUGUGAGACUCUUGCCACUGGUUCCUUUCAAAUUUAAAUUGCAAAGCUUCCCAGAUGUUCUGAAUGACUGAAACCCAUCUCAGCAAUUGGUUCGUGGACUUGCAACAACUCUUGAACUCGUUACCCUCACACGACCAUCCUGUUAUCAAAUACCUGUGCUUCUAGUGACUAAGAGAUGGAGCUUUUGGACCAAGGCGUUCGCAGCUCCAAAACUCACCCCAGUCAUGAAUUCACCAGGUGGCUUUAGGUGAGCCAUCGUCUUUCCACCUCAGCCUCUGCAGUAUAUGUCUAUAUGCAAUAUGACGUACAACCUCAAAGGGUUGUGGUGAUCCGCGAGCUGCUGAGAUAAUAUAUCUGAAGCACUCUGAGCAUUCUUAACUGCUGUAUAAAUGUUGAGCGUGUAUUAGUAUAAGGCCACUCAUUUCGCAGGCUGUACAUGUUAUUCUCACAUAAAUCAACGUGGGAAUAACAAAUGUACAGCAUGUGUAACUAAUGAACUUAUCCCAUUAUUUGUUUCAUUUAGAGUGCUUAAGAGCUCCUUUGGUUUGAAAGAUGAAAGGGAACCCUAGUUGUAUAACAUGUAACAAAUUAAAAUCUCUCUGGAGGAGAGACUAACCAUGAGACAUUCAAUUUUCCGUCCUAAAUUAACUGCCUGAUGCCAAACCCAUUAUAGCUUAUGAGUGUGUGAAGGUACAUAAUACCAUUUUUUGAAGUCAAAGGCAAAUUUGCUGCCAAUAAUACGCAGAGCUUUUGAAAGGCUGUAAUUCCUCAUUUAACCAAUGCCAGUUGCAAGUACUUGGUGCUAAGGAAUAAUCCCUCCAUGCCAAAUAAAAUACAGAGUAAGUCUGUGGUGCAGUUGUCAGCAUAUUGUUAGUUACAGGCUGAGUGACAGAAAGCAUUCGGCAGGGAAGAUAAAUGUCUCCAAGUUGCCUGCCAAGUUCACUGAAAAGGGCCUUUUCUUCGACAUUCUUUUCGGGGUGGAAAAAUCUUUCCUGUUUUCAUUCCCCCAGCAAACAUUUAAUGAGCUGUGUUUUACAAACCCAUUAGAAGGGCUGUCUUAAACUGGCCAUAAGGCAUUUGAAACAUCUCUCUUUCUGUCCUGAUCUAUGUCACAAACUAUUGGAAAUGAUACAUUUUUCACAGGGAGAGUGUAAGCAACAUGUGGCUGUUACAGACAGUAAGAGCAGCAGGGUCAGGUUAGACUAAAGGUCCAUCUAGUCCAGGGGUAAGCAACCUAAGGCCCAUGGGCCACAAGCAGUCCAUGGGGGUCAUUUAACCGGCCUACGAGCCACCCCCGAACCAAGCUGCCCGCUUGGCUAGUCCCAGCGCACUGUGCUAAACUGGCACAGCGCGGUGCGGGGACUCGUAUCCAGGGUGCCAGAAAUCGUGUCUGCGCAGAUGCCGGAAAUCGCAGGUGCACACACGAUCUGGCCCAUAGAGGGAUCUCUGCUGGAGUGAACCGGCCCAGGCGAGGUAAACCUUGCUGACCAUAGAUCUAGUCAGUUGGAUGCUUGCAGGAAGUCUGUAAGGAGAACAUGAAGCCAAGCUGUUGUUUGCACUCAGCACUGGGCAUUCAGUGCUAUAUUGACUCUGAACGUUGAGGCUCUGCUUGACUUGGACUACUGCAAUGCGCUCUACGUGGGGCUACCUUUGAAGGUGACCCGGAAACUACAACUAAUCCAGAAUGCGGCAGCUAGACUGGUGACUGGGGGCGGCCGCCAAGACCACAUAACACCGGUCUUGAAAGACCUACAUUGGCUCCCAGUACGUUUCUGGGCACAAUUCAAAGUGUUGGUGCUGACCUUUAAAGCCCUAAACGGCCUCGGCCCAGUAUAUCUGAAGGAGCGUUUCCACCCCCAUCGUUCUACCCGGACACUGAGGUCUAGCUCCAAGGGCCUUCUGGCGGUUCCCUCACUGCGAGAAGCCAAGUUACAGGGAACCAGGCAGAGGGCCUUCUCGGUAGUGGCGGCCUCCCUGUGGAACGCCCUCCCACCAGAUGUCAAAGAGAACAACAACUACCAGACUUUUAGAAGACAUCUGAAGGCAGCCCUGUUUAGGGAAGCUUUUAAUGUUUGAUGUAUUACGGUAUUUUAAUACUUUGUUGGAAGCCGCCCACAGUGGCUGGGGUAGCCCAGCCAGAUGGAUGGGAUAUAAAUAAAUAAUAAUAAUUUUAUUAUUAUUAUUGUUAUUAUUAUUAUUAUUAUUGACUGUCAUGUCCAGUAACCAAUGAUAGACUGAUCUAAUAGCUCCCUUAAAAGCCAGCAGAGCCAGAAACCAUUGCCACUCCAUGUGACAUUUUGUACAUGUUUAUCCCAUUGCCAUCUGUUUUUUUUAAAAAACUAAAAAGCUCUACAUGUGUUAGAUCCCCCCCCCACAACAUUUCCUAUUUAUAGACACAUCUGCCAUUAUUGUGCGGAAAUUGAUAGUAUCACAAGAGUAAAGAAUAUAUCCACACUUAUUUGUUUCGUUUAUGCCACACAGCUGUAAAAUGACCAUAAAAGUUUAGGAUAACAACAACAGCAACUGCAGCAGAUCACAUUUUGCUUUGUCACGGUACCAUUUCUCUGAGGAAUGCUUCAUAUCCCCAGUAUUUUGAUAACUCUAGGUUACAUAGGAGCCAACUUCUGGGGGCUGAGGUCCAUUCGCCCCUCCCCAUAAAAUAUUUGAGAGGGCCAGGCCUUGCCAAAGCUGAUAGGCAUUGCCAUUCAAAAGGUGUACACAUUGCCCAUCAAUUGAUCACAUUGUCAUGUGAUCAAUUAUGCAGGGGAGGGCUUAUCUGCCCACCAAUAUUUUACUCAAGGCACCCCUCCUAGGUUAUCAACUAAUUUAUUUAAAAAGCCAAUAUCAAACAAUAUUUAUGUAAUAACAAGAUACAGUAUGAGAACAGAGAACAAGGGCAAAACCGCAUUAGAGGUGGUUGCACUAGGCCAGGGGUCAGCAAACUUUUUCAGCGGGGGGGGGGGGCGGACUAUAUAUUGAAAAAAAAUAUGAACGAAUUCCUAUGCCCCACAAAUAACCUAGAGAUGCAUUUUAAAUAAAAGGACAUGUUCUACUCAUGUAAAAACAUGCUGAUUCCCGGACUGUCCGUGGGCCGGAUUGAGAAGGCGAUAGGGCUGCAUCCGGCCCCCGGGCCUUCGUUUGCCUACCCCUGUACUAGGCCAAGACAUGUUUCAAAAACUUUCUUAGAAUUUCACAAGGUGUGUUGUUUUGCUUUAAGGUGUCCAGCCCAAAUAGUCUCUCUGAGGUGUCCCAGUAGAGAAGGGAGGAUGAAGGCAAGAUGCACCAGUAAGGAGUUUUCCUGACGCAAAUGUAGGGAGAUCUAGAUUGGGAGGGCAUAAAUUAUUAUGCAAAAGCAUCUAUAUUUGUACUGUUUUCCGGUGUGUGAGUGAGCUGUUACACAAGAAGUCCUUUCCCUCUUCAUCCUCUAAUAGCUUUCCUUUCAAAACAAUACUUUUAAUUUUAGGCAACAACUGGAAACCCUUUCUUUUAAUUUCUAGGCCCAGUAUCAUCUUGAUCUGGGGCCAGUGUGGUACAAGAACUUAGGGCAAAAAGUUCAGUCUUCUUGUUCUAGGUUAACCAUGACACUUGGCAAUUCAACAGGUCCAUACGUUUAGAAAUGUGCUACAGGAAUAUGUAAGGUAAAGGUAAAGGGACCCCUGACCAUUAGGUCGAGUCACGGACAACUCUGGGGUUGUGGUGCUCAUCUCGCUUUAUUGGCUGAGGGAGCCGGCGUACAGUCAUGUGGCCAGCAUGACUAAGUCGCUUCUGGCGAACCAGAGCAGUGCACGGAAACGCCGUUUACCUUCCGGCCGGAACGGUACCUAUUUAUCUACUUGCACUUCGUGCUUUUGAACUGCUAGGUUGGCAGGAGACAGGAAUAUGUAGACAAGAGUAAUUUCGUUUUAUGACUUUGAAACCCAAAGCUAAAAACAAUGAGAGAAGGAAGAGAAUUGAGAGAGAGAAUUGGGAUUGCAUCAAGUUUCAGGUGAGAAUAUUGGUUAUUGUUUCAGUCAGAAUCUGGACCUCUGUAUUCUUGACCAGGGGAAUACGAGAGUGUGGGGAUAAGUUUGUUGGACGUUCCCAGCUAGUUGAGAAAACAAGGACACCCAGGACACUCAUGAAUCUGAGAGGAAAGCAGAAGCUUGAAAUUUUCAUCACAGAUUUAUAGUUUUAUUGUGCUUGUACAUCAGAGAAGGGAACUUUCCUGAUACCAACAAGAUACUCCCCAAAUACCAUCCAGUUCUGUUCUCCCUGCUGCUGCCACUACUUCCAGUAGUGCCGAUCUUUUGGUGCAAAAGGAUGGGCUACAUGCCAAUGGGCAAAGAGUAGGGGGCUGGGGCUGCCAGGCCUUGGGAUGUGUGAAUAGAAGUUUCGGGUUUUCAGUCUCCUCCUCAGGGUAAUCCAGGGAAAGGAGUAAACAAGGAGUCGGAAAUGUGAGGGUGCAGGCUAUGUUCUGCCUGGGGAUGGAAAUAUUUUGCUUCUCUCUCUCUCCUGCCUCUGCAGUGUCCCUCAUGUUCUCCCAUGAGACAAGGUGAGGCAACUGCCUUGGGUGGCAGGAUCCACAUGAGCAGCUGAGGCUCGCUCCUUGGAGGCUGGAUCUGCUGUAGCUCCCCCCUCAAUGCCACCUCUACAGUGGCUUCUUGUCGAAUAGGAGUCACUGCUUUUCUCCACAUCCUUGUUCUUGAUGUACGGUAGAUCUUUAUUCCGCCCUCAUUCCCAAUGUAGAUCUUCACUUACCUCUUCUUCCCUGGCAGAGAGGGGUGCCAUUUUGUGGUUUGCCCUGGUGCCAAAAUUUAUUGGGCCAGCCUUGCCCCAGAGGCACCAGGCUCGGCUGGUCUCGUCCCUUGACCCACCCAGGAGCAGACCCAGACGAUUCAUGAUGCACAUUUAAAGCACACAACUUUGCCGGAAUGGUGGUGGCAACUGCAGUUUGCUAAGGCUGCUGGAAACGGUAGUUCUGUGAGGGGGAAAUUACAGUUCCCAGGAUGCUUUGGGGGAUGUAAUGCAUUUUAAAUGUAUAUUGAAUAUGUUUUAAAUGUAUUGUGUGGACUUGCAGAUAGUGUCAAAGUGAUCUCUUCAUUCUGUCCUUAUUCUUCCAGGUCUCCUUUCUGCAAUAAUAUUACAUCUCUUCACCCUGCAAUUGGUGGUUCCCAUCAGAAUUCUUAUAGACCCCAUUUUCUUUUUUAAAAUACAUUUUUCCUUUAAGAAUAACGUGUGCUCCCUGACUCCAGCACACUGAAAAAUCUUUUUGUGCAUUUGUUUCUCCCUUCAUUCCCUUUGAAUUGUAUGGUAAGCUAGGAGAAACUGUUGCAAUAAGGAGCUACGAGGUUUGAGGUUCGUCAUCUCCCCUCAUUUAUUUCUCAGUUCUCAAGCUAUCAGCACUCUUAUCAGGGCUAAUGCUUGUAUACUUCCACAGAAAAGGCAGUACACAGGGAUAAAAACCCCACACAAUUCUGCAGUAUAUAUGUGAUUCAAUGGAAAGAUAUCCAGGAAGCAGAUUAGAAGACGGUUGCUUUUACUAAUGAAUUGGUCACCAAAGGUUGUUUUUUUAUUUUUUAAAUGGUAUAGAUCACUCAGACAGGGAGGGAGAUCUAUAUGUAAAGUGCAAUAGCUUGAAGCCCUUGUGUGGAAAUGGUCGAUGAAAAGCAGAUAUAAAUUCAAUGCCAGUUUCUUAAUCCUCACAAUCUGUGGUGAUGUUUGGCCCUUCUGCAAGGUGGCAACAUGCAGUUAUAUCAAAGAGGGCACUAUCCAACUUUUAAGUGCCAUGAAUUCCAGAGGAAGAGAUGUGUGCAUGCCAACUUGUGCUAUUGAAAUUAAUGGGACUCAGAAUGUGCUCUGCUUUGACUGGAUGAUGCCCCCACUUUUUACUCUGAAAUUAUUCCUCAGUUGUUUGUGGAAUUGCAUAGAUAAAGCACAGACCGUUCUCAACAGUACUAAUAUUAUGAGCCAUUCUGGAAAUAGUCAUACUGAAGGGGAGCAUAUAAAUCUAUGAAACAUACAAAUUAAAUUAAAUUAAUACAAAUAAUAAUUACUCCAUCUAUUUUUCUACAGGGAAUUAUGUUUUAAACAGCAGUCUUUGGAAACGUAUAUUACUCAUCCUUGAGAUUUAGAAUCUCAAGAUGGUCAUUAGAUUUCUGGCAGGAACCCAGGAACAAUACGUUCCAAAUAUUCGUCAUACCCAAAGGUUAAGAGAUGUGAGAUGUGAGUGUAUUAGCUAAAUGUGAAAUCCAUUUGUUGUUCAUGAUGGGUUAAAGUUUCCAUCUCUGGGGUAACAUUCCAGAGAAAGUGCUUUGCAAAGCCUCUGUUUGCUUACUCCCAAGGAAUUACAUUGACUUCAAAAAGAUGUUAAGUUUCACUCCAGUCUUACUCAUCUGUACAGAACUUCUUAGAUGGCAAUGCUGGAGUAAUGAAUGUUUGGCGCGCCACAAUAAUGUGCCAUGUUACUUGGAGACAGCAGUUGCUGUGCUCUCUCCCAGUGGUUUUCAACUUUUCCGAGUCCACAGCUCCCUCAACCGACCACAUUCUUUCUGCGGCGCCCCUGUGGAAACCACUUACCCUGGGGUUCCAGUAAAGAACGUGUGCAAGUGGGGAUUUUCCUGUUCCGCCCCUACCCUUUUUGCCCCAGCCAUUUUUCAGCGCCAUUUUUGACACGUACGUAAGUGGGAGCGCAUGUGUUGAUGGGAACCCAAACAAUGUCACGGCUCUGUGGGGCCGAGUUGAUGCACUCCACAUGGCAGCCCCAGCCUGCCUUUCCCAAAAUUAGUGUGCACAUGGUUUUGGGUGGGGAACUUACUUGCUGGCGCACACAUCAAUAAACCAAUGGUUGUGGUAUACAGUGGUACCUCGGGUUGCAGACGCUUCAGGUUACAGACUCCGCUAACCCAGAAAUAGUACCUCAGAUUAAGAACUUUGCUUCAUAAAUUGCGCGGCGGUGGCCCAGCGGUGGCAGCGGGAGGCCCCAUUAGCUAAAGUGGUGCUUCAGGUUAAGAACAGUUUCAGGUUAAGAACGGACCUCCAGAACAAAUUAAGUUCUUAAUCCGAGGCACUACUGUAUUCUGAUAGCUUCACUUGCCAAUUGUUCUGCUCAGUCUACAACCACUGGACCAACCACUAUCUGGUGUGUUGGCAGUGGCAGCGGCAGCAGGGGGCAACCUUAAUAUUUGACUCAAAUAAUCCAGGAUUAGUUAUGGUCUUGACCUUGGACUGUCAUUAAUUCCUGCCUCUGAGAAAAAAAACGGCUUUCAUAUCUGUGGAGGGCUUCAUGUUCAGGUUUGGCUUGGCUUUCACCAGUAGCUGACACGAUUAAUUUUCGUAUCUACAUAUAUCAUUUCUCUGUGUUUUUCUUUCUUUCUGGAAUUUACACUUUCCAAAUUCAAUCAGUAUUCGAUCAAUAUUGAGGUCUCUGAAUCAUCCCUUUACCAACUGCCAUGUGACUUUCACCUUUCCUCAAUGUGAUUGAUUGAUUGAUUGAUUGAUUGCAUUUAUUGCCCUCAUUUUCUCCAUGGAGCUCAAGGUGGUUUACAUGGUUCAACCCCCUCCUCUUUUAAUCCCCACAACCACCCUGUGAGGUAGGUUAAGAUGAGAGUGAGGGACUAGCCCAAGGUCACCCAAUGAGCUUCAGGGUCAAGGGGGGAUUGGAACCCUGGUCUUCCAGGUCAUGACAUGUGUUAUAAGUUUCCCUCCCCUCCAAGUGCCAGCUGAUAAAGCUGAGUGAUUUUGUUCAGAAGGAAGCCCGUCCAGUUCCAUGGGGCUUAUUAUGUCUGAGUUAGUGUACUGAAAUGUAUGUAAGAUUGCAGCCUUAAAGGUAAAGGGACCCCUAACCAUUAGGUCCAGUCGUGGCCGACUCUGGGGUUGCGGCGCUCAUCUCGCUUUAUUGGCGGAGGGAGCUGGCGUACAGCUUCCGGGUCAGGUGGCCAACAUGACUAAGCCACUUCUGGCGAACCAGAGCAGCGCACGGAAACGCCGUUUACCUUCCCGCCGGAGUGGUGCCUAUCUAUCUACUUGCACUUUGACGUGCUUUCAAACUGCUAGGUUGGCAGGAGCAGGGACCGAGCAAUGGGAGCUCACCCCGUCACGGGGAUUGCAGCCUUAGGCGUAGUCAUAUCCAGUGCUUUUUUUCCUUAAAAAAAAAUGUUUAGGGGUACUCUCAUUUUGACUCAAGAAAACCACAAUUUUAUAGUUCAGAUCAGGAAAAAUAAAUAUAGCAAAUGGACAAAAGUACAGUCGUACACUGGAAGUUGAACGGAAUCUGUUCCGGAAGUCCGUUUGACUUCCAAAACGUUCGGAAACCAAAUCGUGGCUUCUGAUUGGCUGCAGAAAGCUCCUGCAGCCAAUCAGAAGCCCCGGAAGCCCCGUUGGACGUUCAGGUUCCAAAAGAACGUUUGCAAACCAGAACAAUCAGUUCCUGGUUUGUGGCAUUCGGGAGCCAAAACGUCCCAGUUCCAGGGCGUUUGGGAUUCAAGGUACGACUGUACAAAGAUUCACAAAAUGUUUAGGGGUUUGCGUACCCCUGUGUCCCCCCAGAAAAGAAGCACUGGUCAUACCCAUUGACAACAGGCUAAUAAUCUCCGUAUAGCUCAUUCACCAUACAAAUUUCAGAGAGCUAAUUUGGGACUAGUCAAACGAUUUCCAAGUGUCCUUGACUCCAGAUCUGCAGAUGUGGGAGGGGGGAACAGGAGACCUUGGCAGCAAAGGGCAGAACGGUCUCCAUCGAGUUUCAGAACUAUUUAUCUGAAAAUGGCAAGGCCAUUAAACUGCAGGAAAGCAACAAAUAAGAUUUUGCCCUGAACACUCUAAUUUCAAAGAAACCAAAGAGAUCCACCAUACCAGCACGAGAUGAAAGAGUCUUUAUUCUUCAUCCGUGGAAUGUGUUGAGCUGCUUGUCUGCAUUGAAAGACUAAUGGAGCCUGGAAUGCAAUAAGCAGUCUCAGGUUGUGUUGUUAUUGGAUCUCGUGCCUUCAUUUCUUGAGUCCUAGUCAAGACAGAUUUUGCCAAAGGGACCCAUAAAGCAUAUUAGUGGUUCAGAGCUCACUUUCUAAAUGAAAAUCCGCUUACGGUUCCAACAAGAUCUUGGUAUUAUCCUGGGAACCUGCCUCAUUUAAGCAAAUAAGAUUCAUUUCUGUUCUUUUAUAUAAUAAGAGUGUUGCCUUUGGUGGCCUGACCCUUUGCUCCAGCUCGUAUUUAUGUCUUUCAUUACCCUGUAACACCCAAUCAGUGCUGGUGAAUUACAGCAUUGCUGCUCUCUUCCUGGCUAUUUGCAGAGUUGGCAAGGAAGGUGAUCUGGAGCCAAACAUUCUUGCGUUUGUGAACUGAGCAUUUGAAUGACAUGCAGAUGGAAUCUUUAUUAAAAUGAGAUUUUGUUUUUGUUUAUCUGCGAAUCCAGCUGGCAAUGGCAUUUCUGUAUGACACAUGCAAGUCCCUGGUGGUUCCUACAAAACAAGUCAAAAUGAAUUUCCAGCUACAGUUAACCCAGGUUUAAGUAAUAAGGGAACAUCCUAAAAGCAGAUCUAGGAUGAAAUGACCAAAGGUAUUUCUUCUUCUUCUUUGGCGAUCACUCGUAGCCGAGUAAGGUUGUCUUCCAUAAACACGGUUUUAGCAAUGAGUCCGUAAGUGACAUUGGAGGCCAAUUCUGGAUCCACAUGUCCUUCCACAGUGGGGACAUUGUUUUCCAGUUGGGAGUUGAUCACGGUGUGGAUUUGCCAAGCGUGCCUUCCUCUUAGCAUGUUUCUCCCUUGCGUCCUGAGUUCGAGUGUCUUCAAAGCCCAUGACACCUUUGGUAAAGGCUGUUCUCCAAUUGGAGCCCUCGCAGGCCAACGUUUCCCAGUUGUCAGUGUUUAUACUACAUUUUUAAGAUUUGCCUUGAGACAGUCUUUAAACCUCUUUUGUUGACCACCAGCAUCACACUUUCCAAUUUUAAGUUCAGGGUAGAGGAGUUGCUUUGGAAGAUGAUCAUCAGGCAUCCGCACAACAUGACCAGUCCAAUGCAGUUGAUGUUGAAGAAUCAUUGCUUCAACACUGGUGAUCUUUGCUUCUUCCAGUACACUGAUAUUAGUUUGCCUGUCUUCCCAAGUGAUGUGUAAAAUUUUUUGGAGACACCGUUGAUGGAAUCUUUCGAGGAGUUGGAGAUGGUGUUUAUAAGUGGUCCAUGUUUCACAAGCAUAUAGUAAGGUUGGUAGUACAAUAGCUUUGUAAACAAGCAUUUUGGUUUCCAUGGAUUAAUUUAGUCAUGUGCCUGCCAGGUUUAGCCGCAAAAUCUGGUAGUACCUGUCAUAGGAUGACUGGAUAGAAAAUCUAUAUACAAGACAGGGCUCUCAUCUUAAGGUUUUAAAGCCUUUUAACUAAAUAAUCAGUUAACUGAUUGAUUAAAUAAAUGUACAUAUUACCAAAACCUGAAUAUAGGGACCUGUUCAAGUUACUGUCAAUCUUGUAGCUAUUAAAAGCACAGGAGCCCUGCCAGAAAAAAGUUGGCAGCUCAGCUGGAGAAUUUUGCUUGGCAAUUAAUCAUUUCCACCCAUUAUGAUUUGAAAUUAUGACUUGACGUGGUUGCCCCCAGCCCCCACCCCUCAGCCGAAGGUUGAUUAGCAGUAUGUGUCCCUCGACUUUGCUUCCAUCCUACAUCUUAAGCCUUGCUUUUCUACAGAGAUUUCCUUCUGGGUUAUGAGGUCACUGUGUUCCCAGAAUGUCAUAAUUUAUUUGCGCGUAUCUUGCAGAUUGUAAAAUCAUGUGUGCGGUAUUCGCCAGAAUUCUUUAUAUGCUCUAUACUUCACGUUUUAUAACGGCUUUAAUAGGAAUGGGAUGCUGCCCCAUGGUAAAUUGUGGCGACCACAACAAUUGCCGCAAAGGAGGAAGCUAUGGGAGGAAUUUAACAGAUCUUUCUGUAGUUUGUGAGUGAAUCUUUUCAGGCACAGCGUUGCACAUCUGGACUUUGACCAUGACCGACUGCCAGAUUCCUCUCAGUUCAUCCCCACUCCGCUCUCAUAUUGCUGCUUUUAUCAUAUCUCUGUCACUGCAGCUUGCCCUAGCCUUAAAACAGCCAGUAAAUCAAGGGCAUCCUUCUGGAAGCUGGGGCACCGUGUUCAGUCUUGUGAUGUGGGAUCAGCCAUGUGGAUCAUCUGGCGCAGAGUGAUGUACAGGGCUGGCAGAAGUAGGCAGCUGUAGUGAACAUAUGGGAUGCCACCAUGGGGCUUUGUGAACAGCCCUUAGACGCCCAUGGUGGCAUGUUCCAUGCACUCGCUAGUCUCUCCAUCUGUCUGUCUAUCACUGCCUGUGAACCAAACCAAGCCUAAGUUAGAAUGUAUAUUAAAGAAGAAAAAAUGGGAUGUCAUGUGUAUACAAGAAACACGUAUAUCCAAAACACAUGUAAGGGUGUUAAAAAAUAUGAGACUAGGACAGGAAUAUUUAGCAUCUGGACCGGAAAGAAAGAGGGAGUGGUCAUCUAUGUAAAUACAAUGUUGAAAUCUCAAAUGUUAUUCCAAGAUGAUGAAGGUAGAGUACUUGGAGUAGAAAUACAAACAAAAGAAGGGAAAAUCAUAGUGGUGGGAAUAUAUGCUCCGAAUAGUAAAAAGAUGAUUUUUUUAGAAAAUUGGAAGAGAGAUUAUGGGAUAAUGUGGACGAAAAUAUAGUAAUUAUGGGAGAUUUUAAUGGGGUGACAUCGAUAGAAAUGGACACAACGCAAAGAGACAAAAUGUUGAGUUCAGGUAGAUUACCACUCGCCUUUUUCCACUUAAUUGAGAAUUUUAAUUUAUAUGAUGCCUGGAGAACAAAAAAUCCAAGUGCUAAAGACAUAACCCAUUACUCGGAGGUGAAAAAAUCUGGAGGACGAAUCAAUAUGGCUAUCAAAAACGUUGAUGUUGAGUUUAGAAAAAGCAGAGAUACUGAAUAGAUCGAUAUCAGCCUAAAUGAUACAAAUGACUUUGUUGCAACCUGAGUAAAGCAUGCAAGAUUUUGCAAAACAGGGAAACUGCAUUAUAAUGAUCAAGGAACACACAAAGAACAACUAGGUUUAUAGCCAGCCGUUUCUAGUAGUUACAGAGUCUUUUUUUUCAUUUCCUGGGGCAAAGGAAGCACAUUCAUUUUGUAACAACUGCUGGGGGGGGGGGGAUUUUACAGGGAAAGAGCAAUGUCCUUUUUAUAUUUUAUUUAUGAUUUUCAGUUUUAUACAUUUCAAUAAUUUUACAAUCAUUUUAACAUUUCAAAGCUCGACUUCCUUCCCCCUCUUUCUGCGGUUCCUUAAAUUUAUUUUUAAUGUUUUCUGCAUAUCCAAGUUCACUUAAUUUGCUCAUUUAUCCAUCUACUUUAAAUAUAUACUCUUAUAAAACCGCAGGUUAUUCCAAUAAUCCUGCCAAUGUUCUUAUCUGUAAAUAUUCCAUGAAUCAUUUCCAUUGUUUUAUAAAAAGUUUGUUAUCUUGAUUUCUUAUUUUUCUGGUAAGUUUAGCCAUUUCUGCAUACAGUGGUACCUCGGGUUAUGAACUUAAUUUGUUCUGGAGGUCUGUUCUUAACCUGAAACUGUUCUUAACCCGAGGCACGCUUUUGCUAAUGAGGCCUCUUGCUGCUGCUGUGCCGCUGGCACGCAAUUUCCGUUCUCAUCCUGGGGCAAAGUUCUCAAACCAAGGUACUACUUCCAGGUUAGCGGAGUUUGUAACCCAAAGUGUUUGUAACCCGAAGCGUUUGUAACCUGAGGUACCAUUGUAUUCCGUAAGUUGGGAAAGAGCAACAUCUGUAUCACAAAAAGCAAACCAUCCACUGCUCCCCCAACAUUCAUGCCAUUUUGAAAGAUGCACCCAUCUCCGCCUCCCUUUUUCUGAUAGAACUUUUAAAAAAGUUAAUCUUGUGAAAAAGUGCACUUGAGAUUUUUUUCAGAGCAAAUUACAGUGGUACCUCUGAUUGCGAACGGGAUCCGUUCUGGAGCCCUGUUCACAUCAUGAGCAGAACGCAACUUGCAUCUGUGCGGGUCGCAAUUCACCACUUCUGCGCAUGUGUGUGACGUCAUUCUGAGCGUCUGCGCAUGCGCGAGCGGUAAAACCCGGAAGUAACCCAUUCCGUUACUUCCGGGUUGCCGCGGGACUCAACCUGAAAAGACGUAACCUGAACCGAACGUAACAAGAGGUGUGACUGUAUAUGCAUAUGAUCACUGUUCCUUAUCCGUGAAAAAAUAUCCUAAAUUGGCAGCAAGAAAAGUGAAUGUCAGUGCUUCCGACAAAAUAUACAAAUCAACAGAGGGGUCCGCAAAUCGCAUCACAAGAGGAAACCAGAAGUUCCAGCAGAGUACAGGUUUGUGGGGAGCUUUGGCCUGCUCGAUGUUGUUGAACUACAACUCCCAUAAGCCCCAGCAGGCAUGGCCAAUGGCCAGAGAUGAUGGGACCUGUAGUUCAGAAAUGAAGUUGAUUUGGAAGUUAGACUCAUCAAUAAAUCAGUCCUUGAACUGCUACAUCACUCCCCAUCUUCAGGAUACCUGUAUAAUUUUUCCUGGGAUAAUCUUUAUUACCCUCUUUGCUGGUAUGGUGGCAGGCAUGUCUUAGCAAGGUCAAAAGGUUCUGUUACACCUAGCUCAGGGGUCAGCAAACUCUUUCAGCAGAGGGCCGGUUCACUGUCCCUCAGACCUUGUGGGGGGCCGGACUAUAUUUUUUGGGGGGAAAUGAACGAAUUCCUAUGCCCCACAAGUAACCCAAGGAUGCAUUUUAAUUAAAAGCACACAUUCUACUCAUGUAAAAACACGUUGAUUCCCAGACUGUCCGCGGGCUGGAUUUAGAAGGUGAUUGGGUCGGAUCCAGCCCCCGGGCCUUAGUUUGACUACCCAUGACCUAGCUGGAAGUGUUCCAAGAUUCUCAAACAUUUUCUGUAUUUUUCCUCCCAUCUCACAAGUCACACUCUGCCCUACCUGAUAAAGUCAAAUCUUUAAAUGAUAAUUUUCAAAAUAAAAUAAAAUCCAAUCAAAGUUUAAGAAAACCGCAAAUAAAUGUGUGCCUGGGACACAACGGGCGGCAGGGGUGGGGAUGGGGGUGUGUGAAUGGGAAGAUCGAUCAAAGGUUUGUUGGCCUGUCUUGGGAAGUGAUAAGGUUGUGUGGUGGUCAGAUUUAAGUCCCUUAGAAUGUGAAAGCUACCAUUUCAAUGAAAUUAUUCUUUUUUAAAAAUAUAAAUUUAUAUUAGUUUUUUUAACAUAUCAUUUUCAACAAUAGUUAAACAUACUGUUACCUCUUAUACAAUUUUUUGACUUCCAUCAAUCACAUCUGAAAAUUUUCCAAUCUAUUCACUUAAUAUACAUUUCUUACUUUCACUAUUACCUUUAAGUCUCAUAACUAAUAUCUCUAUUCUUUCUCUACCUUGUAAUAUUUCAUAUAUUUCUCCUUACAAAACUUCUUGUAGUCCUACUAGUGCAAUUGGUUGAUUACAGUCGCUCUUCAAAUAGUUCAUAUAUUUCUUCCAGUUAUUCUAGCUGAGCAGGUUUACUCUUCAGUGGAGCUGAGCGGCAUAGGCAGUGUCUGAUGUACAGGGAAAUAAACAGCUGGCUUAAAUAAUGUGCCUAGUAUCUUGCCUUCUUAGUCAAACUUUCUCCCUUAGAGCUAUUCCCCUCCCAGAGAGAGUAUCCAUGUGAAAAAUUCUAACAGGAAAGGAAAGCCACUCAAACGGUUUUCAAACACUUCCAUUCACUCCAGCAGUGUUGACGAUGAAAGUAAAAAAAAGGUCUGGAAAAAUCAACUGUGGUAGUUUUAUUAGAUUAAAAGACCAAACACUUGCAUGAACUGUAUAAUUUUCGUAUUUCAUUUAGCAGCUUGCAGAACAUGUCUCUGCAGUUUGAAACUUGGAUUUGACUUGCGGGUAUGAAACAGAUGCCAAGGACAAAUGUCCCAUUUGCCUAAUAGAUGAGACACCUCUCUGCUAGCAAAUGUGGGGCCAAUUGACUAUAUUUUGCUUCUUAGUAAUUUCUUUCAGUCGCAUAAGACUUUGAUCAGUUCAGGGAUCUGUGCCUUUUUAACAUGAUACUUUCCCCAGAAGCUGCAGUUGAUUUGAUUUGAUUUUUUUAAACAAAGCUUAUUAACAGCUGGAGAAUUUGGGCAACUCUUCCAAGGCAGGCAUUCUCUGUGUUUUUUGAAUUUAUUUUCAUCCCUCUGCUGUCUUCCUCUUAGAAAGAAUUUGAAAACUCAAUUCAGCACAGGACAACCUGAGACUUACAGAGUAUGAUUCAAGACCAAACUAGACAUGACACCAAAUCUGCAUCUUUGCAUUUAACAUGCAGGUGUUCUUUUUUGCUUUGUUUUUUAAAACUGCAAAUUUCAUCAGUGGCAGGAUCUGGGCUGGGUGGCUGAUAGCAGGAUGAGAACAGGCAUGGAGAAUAAAUUUAACCCCUUCCUCCUCUGCUUUGGUCCUGAAGAAAAUUCUUCCUCUGAAGCUAGUACAGUCAUACCUCAGGUUACAGACGCUUCAGGUUACAGACUCCGCUAACCAAGAAAUAGUACCUCGGGUUAAGAACUUUGCUUCAGGAUGAGAACAGAAAUCGUGCGGCGGUGGCAGGCCCCACUAGCUAAAGUGGUACCUCAGGUUAAGAACAGUUUCAGGUUAAGAACGAACCUCUGGAACGAAUUAAGUUCUUAACCCGAGGUACCACUGUAUUUGCAUUGGUUAGGAAACUUUCCAAGUCAAAAGCCUUGGGUUGAACCCAUAUUUUCCAGGUAAAGAAUCUUGCAUGAUAAGACUGGGAAGGAAAGUCACUGCCAGUCUGAGUACACAGUAUUGAACAAGAAAGAACCAGUUACCUUUAUAUAAGACUAUUUCACAUGUUGCAUGCAUCAGAAUUCCCAGGUGUUAGAGCAAGAUGAACAGUAUAGCUGUGAGCCAGGAAAUGCUAUUUGAGACUGAUAACCCACAACGACGUGCUUUGAUAUCUGCUCUCAGUUGACUGGCAAACAGAAGAAUGAAUGAGCAAUGGGAUUUUGCUUUCCCACUGAGAUCAGCUGGUGUCUGUAUCAGAGAGCCUUUUUUUUCUUUCAAAGGUAAAGUAAAGGACCCCUGACCAUUAGGUCCAGUUGCAAAUGACUCUGGGAUUGCGGCACUCAUCUCGCUUUACAGGCCGAGGGAGCCGGCUGUGACGUUAACAUAUGAGAGGGCUGGAGGUGAAAUAUUUAAACAAGUUACCCAAUCAGAACCCAGAGGGGUGGAGUCAGAGGGACUAUAAAACCAGCUCUGGGAGGGGUGAAGGGAAGAGUUCGUUGGGAGUUGGGUGGUUGGUUGGAGUGGGAGUGAAUUGGGAUAGAGUCUGUGGGUAGGGUGAGUUAGUGUAGUGAAAUAAGCUGAGUCGGGAAUAGUUAGGAGCUAGGAAGACAAGUAAAUAUCUGAGAGGUGGUUUAGUGAGUGAGAGCAGGUAGUGGAAGUUAUAGGUCUGGAUAGGCACCCCAUGAUUGUAAUUGACCAAUACUGUUUAUGAAACCACAUGCUUGUUAAACUGCAAUAAAUAAACAGAAGUUUAUGUUCCAAUUUAACCCUGACUGGACUUAGUAUUGUACCAGGUAGGGCCUGGGUGGUGGCAGUGAGAAAUAAAGUGGUGGCACAGGGAUCAAUAUAUGGUGAAACGUCCGGGGACCCUGUGUGAUCGCCACACCCGUGUUUGUCCACAGACAGCUUCCGGGUCAUGUGGCCAACAUGACUAAGCCGCUUCUGGCAAAACCAGAGCAGCGCACAGAAAUGCCAUUUACCUUCCCGCUGGAGCGGUACCUAUUUAUCUACUUGCACUUUGACGUGCUUUAGAACUGCUAGGUUGGCAGGAGCUGGGACCGAGCAAUGGGAGCUCACCCCAUUGCGGGGAUUCGAACCUCUGACCUUCUGAUCGGCAAGCCCUAGGCUCUGUGGUUUAGACCACAGCGCCACCUGCAUCUCAACAGAAUAAAAAAUUAACUAUGGGAGGUGGGGAAGCAAAGGCACUUGUUUAAAUAAGCAUCACAUAUAUAUUUUUACCACUACUUUUUUUGUCUUAAUUCUUGCCCUCUCUAGGCAUUCUCCCCUGUCAUAAAUGUUCCUGGUUCCUUAUGUCAGACUACAGUACACAAAGCAUGAGUAUCCGAGAAAGUAGCAAUGAUGUUGCUCAAAGUAUAAAAUCUGGCUUUCAGUGCAUUCUUCAUGACUUCUAAGGGCAAAUCUACAAUGCAGUCAUGGGUGAGAAAUUAGCCAUGGGAGAGAGAAUGGACAGAGGGAAAAGGAAUAGAGUGGGGAGGAAGGUGUUGAGAAUUCCAUUCCACCUUAAGGAACAGACAUGGGAUUGUUACAUGUCACAUGUCUGUUUACAUUCCAGCACAGUAUGCUGGGAACUUCUGUUGUGUGUAUAGCUUUUGCUUUCACUGUUUUCUCUGAGACGACAUGUUUAUUUGUCCUGAUUUAUGAUUAAUAAAUCAGUAGUUGUAGUAUCCUUCCAUAAGCCUCACACCUCACGUUGAGUUGUUGGCAUCUAUCUAUCCCAAAAGACAAUGGAGUGCACCUCCAAGGGUGAAGUCAAACCAUUGGGCUAGCAGCACUGAAGUGACCUCCCUGGGGCAGUAUGUAUUGUUGGGAAACUGUGUACGUGCAGCUACUCACACAGAGUCAAUUAAGGUUUGGCAGACAGCCAGAAAGUCAUGUGAAGGAGUUAGUCUGCCUGGUGAUAACAGAGGCAUGGAGACAGCUCCCUGAUUGGUCAAGCUCUCUCAAGGGAGUGAUAAUUAAAGGCCUACUAACUGGAAUGUGUUAGUUCAGUGUUUGAAGUUCAGUGUUCAGAGUUCUGUGUCAGUGUAGGAGUUGUGAGUCGUUUAUAGGAGAGUAAGCUAAAUAUCCAUGUUCUGUUCCUGUAAAUAGUCCACUGUAUAUAAUAAACACCUAACUACAAGUUCCUGGUUCCUGCUUCGUCUAGCCUGUCUGCAGCCAAGUCACCAAUUGCUUCCGUGGAUUCUGCAUGUACUCUGCUAGGUCUGGCUAAGGUCCUGCAACUAGUCAGAAAGUUGCAAAACAUCAAUAGGUUUUGCCAAUAUGUAUGGAGAUCCUGGGCUGCCCAGAUGACAAGACUCUUGGCUUGGCUGAUGUGGUCGAAAGGAAAGCAGAGCAAUACGUUUGGCACCAGCUUGGCUGCAGUCAGGGAACAUGCAAAAAGCAGAGAGCAAAAAGUUCUGCAGCACCUUGAAGUCUAACCAUUUUUUAAUGACGUCAGCUUUGGUGGAGACAGUGGCGGAGAAAGGGGUGUGUGGAGGGGGCGGGCCGCCUCGGGUGUCAUUCCUGAGGGAGGGUUUGACAACCCCCCCCCCCGGGCAUAUCGCUGCUGGGCCAAUAGGGAUGCCCAUAGGAACGGGAAAUGUGACUCCCAUAGAGAUGGGGUGCGCUGUGGGGCCUCAGCCACCCUACAGCUGGGGGGGGGGGAGGCAGCGGGCGGACAGCGGAUGGGAUGGGGCGCGCGGUGCCCAUAGGGAUGGGCUGUCCCUAUGGGCGCCAUGGGCGGUUCGCGCCACCCCAGGUGCCCGAGAGGCUUCCCCUGCAGCUGGGUGGAGAACAGUCUGCUUCACGAGAUACAUGUGUUGCCCCAAGUUGGUAGAAAUAGCAAUACAGGGUUGUGGGGGCAGAACAUUGAAAGCAGUGAGGUUAGAGGGCAAUGCAAAAAGUCCAGCCUGUAAUAGGAGAGGCCUAGGACUCUCGUACCUACGGGACCGCCUCUCCUGGUACGCCCCACAGAGGACCUUAAGGUCCAUAUAUAGCAACACCCUAGAGGUCCCGGGCCCUAAGGAAAUUAGAUUAGUCUCAACCAGAGCCAGGGCCUUUUCAACUCUUCCUGGUGGAAUGCUUUGUCUCUUGAGACCAGGGCCCUGUGGGAUCUGAUCUCUUUCCGCAGGGCCUGUAAGACAGAGUUGUUCCACCUGGCCUUUGGCUUAGAAUCAGUUUGAUUCCCUCCCCCUCUUUCUUUUUCCUUUCUCCUCCUAUGAAGAGAUUGCCCCCUAAUGUUUUAAUGUUGUAUCUUAAUCUUUUAAAUUGUAUUUUAAUCAACUUGUUUUUAUAAUUGGUUGUUAGCCGCCCUGAGCCCGGUCUUGGCUAGGGAGGGCGGGGUAUAAAUAAAAUAAUAAUUAUUAUUAUUAUUAUUAUUAUUAUCAUCAUUAUUGCCAUUGCUGCAGUGUCCAUUCAAUAUGCAAUUGCCUUCCCAAUGCUAGGAUACUUAACAAAUGUAGAGAAAGUUACAGGUAGGUAGCCGUGUUAGUCUGCCAUAGACGAAAUAAAAUAAAAUAAUAAUUAAAAAAUUCCUUCCAGUAGCACCUUAGAGACCAACUAAGUUAGUUAUUGGUAUGAGCUUUCGUGUGCAUGCACACUUCUUCAGAUACCAGAAAUAAAGAAAGCUGUAGAGAAAUAAAGAGUUGUUGUCUCUAUUCAAGCCACAGGUGAAUGUAUUUAAACAGAAGUCAUUAAGAGGGAUGAUGAACCAUCUGCUCCCAAUGAAGACAGACCUCUUGACCUGUAAAAUCCCCUCCAGAAUAACCAUCUUCUCUGCUUUCUGCUUUGCCAGGUGACCAGCUAAAUUCUGAAGAGAAGAAGAAGAGAAAGCAGAGAAGGAACCGAACUACCUUCAACAGCAGUCAGCUGCAGGCCCUGGAGAGAGUUUUUGAGCGGACACACUAUCCGGAUGCCUUUGUACGAGAAGACCUUGCGCGCCGGGUCAACCUCACUGAAGCCAGGGUCCAGGUAAUUAAUCUUGCCUUGAUCGCAACACACAUGACCCAAGAGACAGCUUAUCAGGGUGAUAGGCUAUAGGAACAGUUGUGGUGACAUAGAUAAAGAACCCUCAGGGGGAUGCUGUUAAUAACUGCAAAUGUUUUGCAUUUAAUUUAGUACCGUAUUUGAGCAAUCUCAUAUAUGUGUUAAGGAGAGGAUAAGGCUGUCCAUUGCUACGAGCUGCAACGCCUCCACUCUGUGUCUCCCAAUACCAGUUUCUGAGAAUCAAAAGAGGGAAGAGAGGCUGUGGUACCCAGCUCCUGCUUUUGGGCUUCCUAGAGGCAUCUGAUUGGUCGCUGGGAGAACAAGAUGCUGGACCGAGUGUGCUUUUGAUCCGUUCUAGUAGGGCUCUUCUACUGGCAAAUGAGGGCUCAUCCACACUUGUCCCAUGCCUAGAAAGCACAGGUCCGAGAGGCAUGGCUGUAUGAAGUGGGGGGCGGAGGGGGCGGUCUGCCCCGGGUGCCACUCUGGGGGGUGACAAGGUGGCCCCUGGCUCUCCCCAGCUGUAGAGCAGCCAAGGCACGCACAGUCAGUAUGGGCGCGGUUCGAGCGGCGUCCGUAUGGGCUGCUGCUUACAUGGCGACCAUAUGGGAUGCCGCACAUGCACAGUCCGUACGGAUGUCACACGUGCAUCACCAGGUGGUUUGCCCCACCCCAGGUGCUGAAGAAAGUUCCUCCGCCACUGCCGAGAGGUUUUCUGUCGUCCCCCCCCCGGAAACCUGCUAGUUACCGCUGAAUUGGAGAAAAUGCCAGUUCACUGGAAACCCGAUGGACAUUUACUCUGAUUCAGCGGCAAAAAGCGGCUUUCCCCAGGGGAAGUGGAAGUGUGGACAAGCCCUGAGCUACAGAUAUGGCAAUUUAGAAAAGAAAGGAUAAAAAUAAUUUUAGUUUCUCUACUCAAGGUUGCUAUUGAUGGUAAUUUUCUGGGUUUGCUUUAAAACUGGACUGUGAAGCUGGAAAGUAACAUAUCUGAUGGAUCUUAUUCUCCCCAGUCUUUCUUUCUUUCUUUCUUUCUUUCUUUCUUUCUUUCUUUCUUUCUUUUUCCUUCCUUCCUCCCUCCCUCCCUCCCUCCCUCCCUCUGUCACAGAUGAAAAGCCACUCUUUCAAAAGGACACUUAGCUUUGGAACUCUUUGUCUUUUAAAAAAUUCUCCUCCUCCUCCUCCUCCUCCUCCUCCUCCUUCUUUUCAUUAUUUUCAAUUUUAUACAUUUCAAUAAUUUCACAAUCAUUUUAAUAAUUCAAAACUUGACUUCCUUCCCCCUCUUUCUGUAGUUCCUUAAAUUUGUUUUUUCAAUUUUUUUGUGCGUAUCCAAAUUAACUUAAUUUCCUCAUUUAUUCAUCUACUUUAAAUACAUACUCUUACAAAACUGCAGGUUAUUACAAUAAUCGUGCCAAUGUUCUUCUCAAACAGAAUAGUUAUUGAAGUGAUAUGCUGGAGAUGUAACAGAGAAAUUGGGUCUUAUUUGCAUAUGUGGUGGAAGUGUACAGAUAUUUGUGUAUUUUGGAAUAAGAUAUAUGAAGAACUUAAAAAAUUAUUUAAAUUUACAUUAAAAAAGGCCAGAAAUAUUUUUAUUAAGCAUCCUGUCAAAAGAAAUAGGGAAACUGAAAAGAACAUUGUUCAUGCAUGGGAUAACGGCAGCCAGAAUAUUAGUAGCAAGAAAUUGGAAAAAUACAACAAUACCCAAUACGGCAGACUGGCAAAACCUAAUGGUAGAAUAUCUGCAGCUAGCGAAGGCGACAGGAAGGCUAAGAGGCCAACCAAAACAAAAAGUCUAUAAGGAGUGGAGAAUCUUUAAAGAAUACUUUAAAAACUAUGGUAUAAAAGGAAACAUCUUGGCAGAACUGGACUGAUCCUUGUAUUGUAUAAAUAUAAGUUAGUAGGGAGAUAAAAAGAGACUAUAUAAGUAAUAUGCAACUGUGCGGUAUAAGGAUAGAUAAAGUACAGUGAGAUUAAUUGGAAGUCAUUUUUAAUUUCUUUCUUUAUAAGUUUUAUAAUUGAUUUCAGUAUCGGGAGUAUAAAUGAUGUUAGUUAUACCAAUUUUGUUGUUUCUUAUAUUGUGGUUGUUUGUUUGACUUCUUCAUUAUUUGUUUGAUUGCAUGUUUGUUUGUUUGUUCGUUUGUCUGUUUUCCCAUAAACAUAGCUGUCAACUUACAGAUUUGAAAAUAAGGGACCAGCAGCCUCGAAAAUAAGGGAUCAGCAGCCAAAAUAAGGGAUCAACAAUCACUUUGAUAAAAUACAUAUUUUGUUGCGUGCAAAUGGCUUUAGAUACCUAUUAGGUCCAUAAAUUACCAUAUAGCAUAUAUUCAACACAAAAAACAGCAACAAUUUUUUGUUGACAAUGGACAGCUGGACAUAGAAAGGGCCCCAUUACCUUCAGUAGCUUAUUUAAGGGACAUCAUCAAUAAGGGACAGCAGCGGGACAUGGCGCUGGGAUAAGGGACUGUCCCGCCAAAUAAGGGACACUUGACAGCUAUGCCCAUAAAUGUAUUUAUUUUAAAUCAAUAAAGAUAUACUUAAAGAAAUAAAAAUGAAGUGAGCACAGCCAGCCCACCCAUGGGUCAAGGUGAAGCAAGUUGCCUCAGUGGCAGAAGCACAAUAAGUGGUACUUCCCCUCACCCCACCCCACCCCACGCUUCUGCUACUGCUGGGAUGCCCCACUUUUGGUGAGUUUCAGUGAGAGGGAAGCAUAGUAUUGCCAUUCACCUUCCCGGCCCCUGGGCAAGUUCGAUGGUGAUGGAAGUGGAGAGGCGGGGGGGGGGGGGAAGAGAAGGGAGGGCAUGGUGUGGCAAAGUCCCAUUUUGCCUCAAGUGGCAAAGCAGGAUGGGCCACCUGGGAUAAAUUUCUUUUUGAAAAUAAUAGCAUUUUGUCGAUACCAGACCAGACCAAUCCUAACCAAUGAAUUUGUAUAACAAUUUUGUAUACCUGGCUCCAAUACUUCCAACUGAAUGAAAGAUAAAGUACAGACAAGAAAAAAGGGUUUGCUGGAGAAAUAUCAAAACUAGAGGAAAAUCUAAUACAGCCUGAGGGAAAAUAUCUAUCUAAGAUGUAUAAUCUCCUCCUUGACUGGGAAGUCAAGGAGGAAGAGGUAAAAUCGGUUAUGGUCUGUUGGGCCCAAGACAUUGGACAUAAUAUAUAUAUGAAUGAAUGGGAAAGGCUGUGGAGGGAAGACAUAAAGCUCACAGCAUGUGAGAGAAAACGUAAUGAAAAUACUGUAUUGAUGGUACCCGACUCCAGCCAAAAUGGCUAAGAUGUACAAUAAAAUUUGAGAUGCCUGCUGGAAUUGUAAAAAAAGGGGUAGGUACCUUUAUGCACAUGUGGUGGGACUAUAUUAAGAUAAGAGAAUUUUGGGAUAUAAUAUAUAAUGAACUCAAAAAGAUCUUUAAAUUCUCAUUUAAAAAAAGACCCAAAGCCUUUCUGUUAGGUAUUUAUGUCCACUGAAAUACAAAAAACCCAUAGAACCCUUUUUAUGUACGCAACCACGGCGGCUAGGAUUUGAUAACCAAAAAUUGGAAAGGAAACUUAAUCCCCACAAAAACUGACUGGCAAGCGAAGAUGUUAGAAUAUUUAGAACCCGCAAAAAUGAUUGGGAGAAUAAGAGGAAACUCAAAUGAGAAAGUCAACAAAGACUGGAUGAUACCUUAGAAAGUAUUAUGAUAAUGCAAAUCUCCUGACAGAUUUAGAUUGAAUCUUGAAGUAUAAGGAAACCAUAAAAGUAAAAUUUCUUGUGAUAAGUAAUAGAAAUAAUAAUAAUAAUGAAGUGCAUAUAGAUUAAUAAGGUUUAAAAAGUACAAUUAGGUGAAUUGGAACUUAAUGAUACGUUGUUAGUUAGUGUCUAUGUUUGUUUAUGUGUUGUUGUUGUUGUCUAUGUUAUAUGUAAAUUGUUUUGUAAUAAAGAAUUGUUUUAAUAAUAAUAAAAAAGAAUUUGUAUAACAAUUCAGGCAACCCAUUUAGGAGGGAGGUUUCAUGCCUAAAUGGGCAAGGCUUGCAGAGGAUGCAAUCCAACCAAAGUGCCCUGUGAUUUUAGUGAGGCAAAAUCAAACAAUGCUUGGAUCAGUCCCACUGGAAAUGAAAAGGUCUUUAGUUUGGGCUGAAUUGCGCUCCAAGUCUUUGUUCUCAGGAACUGACAAUCCUGAUGUUUUUUCAGAGAGGUGUGUUUUUUCUGCAGCAGACUUAAAUGUAACAUAUGAAAUUCCAGAGUUGGGGGGGAUAGCUAUUAAAGUCUAGAAGCAGCUGCGGGUUUUCUCUGCUUUAACAAUCAGAAGAAACUCUGUGGAAAUAGGAAAAAUGCAUAGAGAAUUUAUGCCCCUUUUUUUUUUGAGUUGAAUUUACGGCAUAGGCAAAGUUCGAAGCCAAGUAAGGCUGCCAAAACAAAUCUUGUAGGGCCAUGGACUUUGCUGAAGUCCUCAUAGAGGUGCCCUAUCUAUUUUUAAUCAUAGAAACAUAUGCUUGCAAAGGUGAGAGCCAGGGGCCUCCCUAGACUGUCAACUAUAUUUUAAAGAAGGAGGACAAAGGCUGCCUGCAGGUGUGGGCAGGCAAGCAUCUCUGUGGGUUACAGGAGUUAUUUCCUGUAGAUUGCCACUGCAGAACAAAUCCUGACCCAGCAGCCAUCGUUUUAUAACUGCACGCCCUACAACAUUUCUCCGAUGAAAAUAGGGACGUCCUAUUCCAUGAUAAUAAUACACCACCCUUUAUCCGUAGAUCUCAGGGCAGUUCAAAACCUAAAAAUACAUAAAAAAUUAAAAACAAUCCAAUAACCCCCACCCCCUCCUAUAAACACAUUUUAAACGGUAUAGUAUGUAUAUUAGAGACGUGGGUGGCACUGUGGGUUAAACCACAAAGCCUAGGACUUGCCGAUCAUAAGGUUGGCGGUUCGAAUCUCCGCGACGGGGUGAGCUCCCGUUGCUUGGUCCCUGCUCCUGCCAACCUAGCAGUUUGAAAGCAUGUCAAAGUACAAGUAGAUAAAUAGGUACCGCUCCGGCGGGAAGGUAACCGGCAUUUCCGUGCGCUGCUCUGGUUCGCCAGAAGCGGCUUAGUCAUGCGGGCCACAUUACCCGGAAGCUGUACGCCGGCUCCCUCGGCCAGUAAAGUGAGAUGAGCACCGCAACCCCAGAGUCGGCCACGACUGGACCUAAUGGUCAGGGGUCCUUUAGUAUGUAUAUUAGGCCUAUUCCACAAGCGGGGAGCCACCACAGAAAAGGCCCUGCUGUUGUAUUCCCACCUUCCGAGCCUCUUGUGGAGGAGACACACGAAGAAGAGUCUCUGAGGAUGAUCUCAGAGUCUGGGUAGGUUCAUCUGAAGUGAGGGGUCCUUGAGAUAUUGUGCCCCUGCACCGUUCAAGGCUUUAUAAUUCCUGAUUGCAAUUGCUUCCCAAGUCAAUGCAGUGUUAACAUGGACUUGAACAGAUCGCAGCUGGCUUCUCAUCUAGGAGUUUUCAUCUGAGUAGCAGUAGGUAGCAGAGGCUCUUGAAUGUGCUGGAGAAAUGGUAUACCGGUUGUCUUUGAGGAGCAGGAAAAUGUUCUGGAACUGCUAGGAAAUUGGGACAGGGGCCAAGAGGAACAAUCCACACAGCAGUCAAAAUAGCAACUGAUGCACUGGGGUAAGAGAUGCUUUUUCCUAACUACCCUGGGCAGGGAGGGUGGAGAGAAAGACAGAACCCCUCACCUGUCAUAGAUGGGUAUUUUUGACUACUUCACACUUCAACCCUGUUCUGAUGUUCAAAGUCUCACAUGACAAUGGGAGAGCAGGGAAGUCCAAGUUGUUUGGGAGCAGGUAUUAGCCGUGCCUCCUUGUGGAUGGAGCGUAUGCCCCAAGUUAGCUACACAUUGCAGCUGCUCAUGUAUAAAGCAGACGGAGUUGACUGUUUAUCCAAGAAUCUCCUUCCUACCGCUAACCUGACAGUCAGGGGAGACUGGAGAGGCUUGAAAUGGCUCACCCCUGAUGCUUUUCCUGUCUCCUUCUCUUUCCAGGAAAAGCACAAGCAACUCAAGAGAGCAGAAAUAGGCACUUGCUUGAGGGAAGGAGUCAAGCUUUCCAUAACUUGGUACAGAAGGAGUGGUUAAAUCUCAAACUGCGUAUCUUCCCCAAUAAGGAUGUGUGUGUGUGCACAAGCAACCAUAUCAUUGCAUAGUUCCUUUAAUCCUUGGGCAACGGGCUAUUAUUCCUUUGAUUAACCAAGAGUAUUUCUCCUUCGUGAAGAGUGAGACUUCAAGAUACUCUAGCCUUCUCUGCCUGGGCUCAUGCAGACUUCUUUUUUGCACCGUGCUUUCCAGGUCCAGGGACAUGGGUGGCGCUGUGGGUUAAACCACAGAGCCUAGGACUUGCCGAUCAGAAGGUCGGCGGUUCGAAUCCCCGCGACGGGGUGAGCUCCCGUUGCUCGGUCCCUGCUCCUGCCAACCUAGCAGUUUGAAAGCAUGUCAAAGUGCGAGUAGAUAAAUAGGUACCACUCUGGCAGGAAGCAAAACGGCGUUUCCGUGUGCUGCUCUGGCUCGCCAGAAGUGGCUUAGUCAUGCUGGCGACAAGACCUGGAAGCUGGAAGCUCCCUCAGCCAAUAAAGCGAGAUGAGUGCCGCAACCUCAGAGUCAGUCACGACUGGACCUAACGGUCAGGGGAACCUUAACCUUUUCCAGGUCCACACUUUAAAGCUGUGUGCUCAUCCACACUUCCGCUUGUCCCAACACUUUCCCCCAGGGAAAACUUGCAGUUGAAGCGCUGAAUCAGAAAAAAACAAAACAAUUGGCUUUUCUGCAGAUUGCUGCUGGUUCUGAUUUAGAGGGCACAAAGCAGGGUUUCCAGGGCAAAGGCUUGGACCUGUGUCUAGACAACAUGAGAGAAGCAGAAAACCCAACAGACCUGCGGAAAAGUAUGGACGAGCUCUCUGCUUGAGAAGGUUUUUCUUUUGUCCUGGCGCUUUCCCCGGGAAAAUCCACAUUUUAUUACUGAAUUGGAGCAAAGCAAUCUGCAGGGAACUUGAUUGCCAUUUGUCCAAUUCAGCAGCAAAAUGCGAGUUUUUCCAGACAAAAACAAACAAAGAAGCUGCUUGGGCACGGAGCUUUAAAAUCCAGACCUGUGCAGCACGAAAGGAAGUCUGGAUGAGUCCCCUUGUUGGGGUAGUUGUACGAGGGAGACCUUUGUAUAAGCAGCAGUAUGUGAGUCCAGCUGUAUGCAGUGUGUAGCUAAGCUCUUAGCACACACUUCAAGUAUAUCUGAAGGAGCGUCUCCACCCCCAUCGUUCUACCCGGACACUGAGGUCCAGCACCGAGGGCCUUCUGGCAGUUCCCUCACUGCGAGAAGGCAAGUUACAGGAAACCAGGCAGAGGGCCUUCUCGGUAGUGACACCCACCCUGUGGAACGCCCUCCCACCAGAUGUCAAAGAGAACAACAACUACCAGACUUUUAGAAGACAUCUGAAGGCAGCCCUGUUUAGGGAAGCUUUUAAUGUUUGAUGGACAAACAUUGAAUUUUAAUAUUUUGUUGGAAGCUGCCCAGAGUGGCUGGGGAGGCCCGGCCAGAUGGGUGGGGAAUGAAUGAAUGAAUGAAUGAAUGAAUAAAUAAAUAAAUAAUAAUUCAACAGCGAGGUGUUGCGAACUCUCAGUUCCCUGACAAGAAGCAUAGCUGCAUAAUAAACAAGACAUGCCCUCUAGUAUAUUUGUCCAUGUUGGGUUGUAUUUAGUUCUAGCCCUGUUCAGACUAGACCUGCUGAAGAGGAUGGGAGGAGCUGGGCUUCAUUCCCGUCCCCUGUGUGCUCAGUGCAAUAGAAGACACAUAGCCACAUCUCUGAUUUAUAGCCGCAUGGGCCAGCACAUGCACAUCUAAUUUGGCCCAAUGAAUGUACAGGAUCCCUUUGCUCAUCGUUUAAUGAUCAUCACCUCUAGUCAGAUACGACAUAAAGCAUUUUCUUGUGGCCAGUGAAAACAAAGAGGCCACUUGAACCAAAGCUACCUUUGCCUUGCUGACUUUCAAAGCGAUAACAGAUCCGUUUUGAUUUGUGUGUAGCGGAGAGCAAUCUGGGCGUUUGUGGCUAGAUGCUAACUGAAUUCAGAUUGAGUGACAGUUGCAGGAUAUGCUUCUCUAGGCAGUGGCGGAGGAAGGGGGGGCUGUGGACCGCCCCGGGUGUCAUCACUGAAGGGGGUGACAAAAUGAUUUUUUUUAAAAAAAGUGGGCUCACAAAACUUUUUAGGAGUGAUGUGGUUUUUGUUAUACAGUGGUACCUUGGGUUACAUAUGCUUCAGAUUACAGACUCCGCUAACCCAGAAAUAGUACCUCGGGUUAAGAACUUUGCUUCAGGAUGAGAACAGAAAUCAUGCUCCGGCAGCGCAACAGCAGCAGGAGGCCCCAUUAGCUAAAGUGGUGCUUCAGGUUAAGAACACUUUCAGGUUAAGAACGGACCUCUGGAACGAAUUAAGUACUUAACCUGAGGUACCACUGUAAUUAGUUGUUGUUCUGUCAUUAUUUGCCUUUUAAUUGUUGCCUUGGUCUGUUAUCUCUUGCUGAUGGGUGAAAUAAUUAAAAUAACUGGCUGUUCAAGAAGCCCCGCCCAUGUCAUAGAACCUGACUGUCAGGGACUGGACAGAGGAGGAAUGAUGGAGAUGGCCUCCCUGGCCUGACCCUUCCAGAGAAGAGGAAGACAGUUCAGAAUUACAACAGGGGUUUGAGGGAGGUCACAGCUCAGGGGAAGAUGAGGGGGAAAGUUGGGAAAUAAUGGGAGAGGAGGAGGAGGAGGCAGAGCUGGAGCAGCUGGCUGACACUUUAUCACUAGAAAACCUUCCAGCCCCUUCAUCUCCCAGAACCUGGCGUGCCUUAAAAGUAGGAGAGCAGGAGUGUCAGACGAAGAUGAUGUUCUAUGCGAUGUUGGCCAAGCGGACUGGUAGGAUCCGGAACCAAAGUUACCAGAAAUUCCAAAGAGACUGGAGUAGAUUUAUUUGGUAUUUGAAUGAUCAUUGUAAAAAUGUGGAGACACUAGCAGGAUGGAAAUAAAUCUUGCAACAAAAUGUUAAAAUAGUAUCUUCAAGUGUAAAGAAGGUCAGGAACUUACAGUCAAAGUGCGCAUAUAAUCUGUGUGGAAAUAAAAAACCAGUUGAAGGAAUGGAGGGAAGUUACAAGCUCGGCGGAUCAAAACCUGUAUGAAUUGUUAUUGCAAUGUUCGUAUAUUUUAUGUUUUAAAAAGAAAAUAAUAAUAAUUAUAUAUAUAUAUAUAAAAUAAAAGUAGGAAAUCAAAGAGCUUGGAGACAGAUGAUCCUAAGAGGCAACUGUAGGGGUAGGGUGCUGUUGACGAAUGAGGAAGCGGGAGAAAAGGGGGGUGGAGAUUUACUCGGGACAACGUCGUUAAUCCAAGCGGCUGCAUUCUCAAGCCUCUCUCUCUCUGUAGAUAUUGAAUAAAAAGCAUAUGGUAAGGACUUUUCCUUGUCUUCUCCAUUCCUGGCAACCUGCCGUGGGGGUCAGGUCCCCCUGCCGCCUGACACUGACUGCGGUGCUGACACUGCUGUGUUUGUCCUCCUGUCUUAGGUGUGGUUUCAAAACAGACGAGCAAAGUUUCGCAGGAAUGAGAGAGCCAUGCUGGCCAACAAGAACGCAUCCCUCCUCAAGUCCUACUCUGGGGAUGUGACCGCAGUGGAGCAGCCGAUUGUACCUCGACCAGCUCCAAGGCCCACCGACUAUCUCUCCUGGGGAACUGCCUCUCCUUACAGGUGACCCUAACACAUCCAUAUUACACUGCCAGUUUUUCUCUUGCCGUGUCUGGCCGGUUUCCUCUGGGGAGGAAAGGGAAUGGAACAAAGGCCUGAGCCAAGACUCUCCACUGCCUCUCAUCUAUUCAGAACGGUUUAGAUAUGAUCUCCUUUACUCUUCUGUGAGCAAGUAGGCAAUGCAGACACAGGGACACACCAAAGUUGCAAUCCUAUCCAUGCUUGCUCACAGGAGUAAGCCCUAUUUAAGACAGUUGGACUUACUUCUGGAAGUGUGAAUAGGACUGCAUUGUCAACCUGGUGUACAAGCCAUUCCUUCUCUCUCCAGGGAGCCCUGAGACCUGUUGUUCUCUGUAUGCGCGUGAGGAAGGGGGAAGGUAGAUCUUUGAUAGACUUCUCAGCACCCUCACCAAACUACAAUUCCCAGGAUUCUUGGGAGAAAGCCAUGGCUAACAAACUAGCUUCAAUGCAGCAUAUGUUUGUAGAUUAGUUAUAUCCAGAGGGCUGGGGUGGUGGUGGUUAAAGCAGCAGGAAAUGCACUUCUUCAAAACAAAGCAACCCAAUACAGCUGGGGCAGCUAGAAAAAGAUGGCAUCCCAGAUACCAAAUCUGUUCUGUGCAUGUGACAGAAUCACCCCUGAAGAAAUGUGGUCCUAAGGAGCCUUGGUAGCCUUUUCUGGAAAACCAAGAAGGCAGAGACAAGAUGGUGGCAGAGCUGGAGCUUCAGGUGGAAUACUUGACAUGAUGUGCAUUUGCUUAAGUAAAUUACUUUGUUUUAAUCCAUUCUUACUACUUGUGGAUGAAAUAAACACAUUCCUGAUGAUGAGACUUUUUCUUCAGAAGGGAUCAUACCUCAUCAUGACUCACUCUGUCUCUCAUACACAGAAAGAGAGAGAGAACAAACAAAGAACAGGGUGGCGCAGGUUCAGUCCACACUUCGGUGCAAUCUAAUUCACAUGUCCCAAACUAACAUGUGAACCGAAAUCACAGCUAUCCUUCAAAAUUUGUACUUAACUUAAUUUUGAAAUGCAAUCCUAGAAAAGAAAAAGUAUACAAAUGUACAAAUUAGAAGGCAGUAUGCAUAAAGAUGCAUGUAUUUGGGGAAAGAAUGAACAAAAACACAUUAUAUUAGGAAAUAUUAGGAACGAAUCGUGAAUAUUGGGAGAAAUGUGUGCUAAAAUGCCGAUGGUUUGUGAGGACUUGUUAAAAAUGUAUAUCACAAACUAGUGCAGAAAUCUAAUGUUGGAAAAAAUGAGAAAUGGAGAGAAGCCAAAAUAGACAGGUUUGUUUUCAGUGAAUCCCAUCCGAGACAAAGUCAAGCGUCUACCAUCCAGGAGAGAGUGGAAAGGUGGCUAAUCCUGCCUUUCACCUCAGACACUGGAGCCACCAAGGGGAGGAGGGUGAAGCUGCUAGAGAUGAAUAACAGGGGCUGAAAAACAUUUAUUCACAUAUAUAACCUCCUAUGAGUGUCACUUUGCCAUAUACUAAGAUACAUUCUCCAUAUUUUAUUUCCGCCCCCUCUAGAAGUAGUGGUUUGGGGAAAUGGGGGGCCAUCGUCUGAAAAACACCUGAUCCUACUUUUUUUUGGGGGGGGGGGGAAUUUGGAAUGCUGUUCACAGUCACUCAUUUCCCCAUUGAUGCUUUGGCUGCCAUUUCCCUGUUUUUGUGGGAUGUGAUACGUAAGUAGCAGUCAAGUACAACAUUCCUUGUUUUCCUAGAGUGGACAUGCAGGAAAAUUUUUGGUCCAGCCAGUCUCCUGGCUGGGACAUACUUCCUUUGCAUGUGUCCUUACCUGUCCAGGUAACAAAAGGGACAAGGUACGCAGCACCCUCUCUCUUUUUGACUUCCUCUGUCGUUGAAGCAGCUUUUAUCUAGAGCUGCUCUCUAUUGGGUUUCAGCCAAUAGUGUGCACUGGGAUUAUCCCCAUAUAGGAUAGCUCCACGUGUAUAUACUUUGUAACUAAGUCUGCCUUCAGGGAUCCAACUGUGAAGAGAAUGUGAGUAAACUACUUUUAUAUACUUUACAGAAGAUGGUGGCAUGUUUAUUCUUUUAAGAGGGAUAUAAGGGAACUUACCAGGAACCUAAUAGUGAGAGGCUUACACAAGCCUGCAACCAGCUACCCGCUGUGUGUUUAAAAGGGGAAUGUGAAACUCUGCUAAGUAAAAGAACUUCCUAGUGCCAAGUUAGGAAGGAUAUUAAUAAACAAUAUACCCUCUCUUGCCUCCCUGAACAUUCCCACAAUUUUAUCUGUCCUCAAUUCAACCAAGCCAGUUAGGAAUUCCAUCCUGGGCAGGACUAGACCACAUUGCCCUGUAGACGAUCAGCAGAGCUGCUGUCAAAGGGUAGCAUGGUUGAGUAUCUGCUGGGGGCCACAGGCAAGAGCUUCCUGGACCUUUGAAGCCUGCUUGCUUGUUCACCCGCCAUUUGUUCUGGCCCAGACGACAGUAGUGGCAAGAAGCAGAGAAUCACAUCACGGUCUGGCUGGCUGUUGACUCUCUAGCUCAGCCUUUCUAAAUGUCUGAGUCCUAGAUGUUGUUGGACUGCAACUCCCAUCCUCCCUAGUGAGCAUGGCCAGUGGUGAGGGAUCAUGGGAGUUGUAGUUCAUGAUCCUCUGGCUGCAUCGAGCGAGCGAGCAAUCGGUGGUAGAAGUGAUGAGGAACAAGAGGAGGGGUAACCGGUGAUAAUGGCCGUGUGGAGGUCAACUCAGUGUGGGAAAAGCAGCUUGUAGCAUCUUGCCCAAGGGAAGUUCAAAACCUGAAUCAAACACCGCCAGUCAGAUUGAUUUAUUGGUUUCAUAAAAUUUAUAUGCCACUUGAUGGUAGACUACCUCAAAGCGGUUUAUGAAAAAAAGAUAGACCAAUAAAUCACUUAAAAAUAUUUAGCUAUGUGCUGACAUUGCUGAGGGUAAAUGAAGCCUUUUAGAGUUUAGCCGGUUGGAGCUCACUCUAAGAAUCGGUUUCUCAGUACUUUUACAACAACCCUUGGCAAACUGCAAAGAUAGGGGGCACAAUCUUUCAUUUCACAUCAACAUUUCCCCCCCCCCAAAAAAACGGCUCCUUCUUCCUUUUGGUCCCAGCAUCAGUAUCAUAUUUGUAUCUGACAAUCUCCUUUAAUUACUGCCAAAUUAUAAGCAAAUUCCCUAUGUCCACUGCAAUGGGCAACCCAUGCCAAAAGGAAGAUUGUUCCCAGGCUUAAGCAUUGUUGUUUUUUCCUCCCACAUCACUGGCAGCCACCAUUGUAGGUCAUCCUUUGAAAUACUUUUUCUUAUUUCUUCCAAAAAAACAACACAAAAAAAGUCAAUGGGAAAAUUGCGCAAAACUUGUGGGAAACUCUCUUGGCAAAACCCCGCACAAUUGAGUGAAACAUAACAAAUGUGGACCGUGUGGGAAAUCAAAAGCUUUUGCUUGGUACGUAAUUACCUUUUUUUAUUUAUUUCCAGCAAGAAUUGGGAAAGACAAGGAAUGUGUUCCCAAAGUUGCACUGGCUGGGCCAAUCACACAGAGGGCUAAAUUCAUUGGGUUCCACUGCCUUGCAGAAGCGAAGCAGGCCUGUUUUCAGUGCCAGGAUGGGUGACUGGCUAAGGGACCACAUAGAUUUAUUAUUGUAUUCUAUACUGGAGAAUGACAGGAUCCAAAUGUUUAAAAAGAAAAAGAAACCAGCUCUCCUGUACCAGCAUCUUUGAAAUACAUGGUUUAUUUAGAGGGCAUUGUAAACUUAAUGGCUACUCCUCUUCAAAGAAGUACCCUGAACCCUGAACCAUUGAAACUCAGUACACCAGUUCCCAGAGAUAUUUUGUAUGCAUAGACAUCACAUGUAUAAACUUGAUCUAAACCAGGCAUGGGCAAACUCCGGCUCUCCAGAUGUUUGGGACUACAAUUCCCAUCAUCCCUAGCUAACAGGACCAGUGGUCAGGGAUGAUGGGAAUUGUAGUCCCAAACAUCUGGAGGGCUGGAGUUUGCCUAUGCCUGGUCUAAACCAGCACGAUGGACUCCUAGGGACUUCACAACAUAGGCAAGAGGGAGAGGGAAGGAGACACAAGUUGCGCUGCAAGAUAUGAAACUUUCCCCCUAGCCAUUUACAGAUGUCUCAAGCAUAGGAGCAAAGCUCUGUGGAACUAAGCAGACGGAGGCUUUCUAUCUCCGUCUUAAGGGGUGAUAUGAUAGCCAUGUUCAAAUAUAUAAAAGGAUGUCACAUAGAGGAGGGAGAAAGGUUGUUUUCUGCUGCUCCAGAGAAGCGGACACGGAGCAAUGGAUCCAAAGUACAAGAAAGAAGAUUCCACCUAAACAUUAGGAAGAACUUCCUGACAGUAAGAGCUGUUCGACAGUGGAAUUUGCUGCCAAGGAGUGUGGUGGAGUCUCCUUCUUUGGAGGUCUUUAAGCAGAGGCUUGACAACCAUAUGUCAGGAGUGCUCUGAUGGUGUUUCCUGCUUGGCAGGGGGUUGGACUCGAUGGCCCUUGUGGUCUCUUCCAACUCUAUGAUUCUAUGAUUCUAUCCAAUCUGGCUUCUUGGAAUUCCAUUAGAAAAGGAAGCAAUGAGUCCACCAUCUACUUGAUGUAAAAUCACAUUUUCACUUCUAUAACAUUUUUAGUAUACAAAGGACUUUGCAAGCCAACCAAUCUUUUUUUUUUUUUUGCUGCCUUUCCAAAGUAAAACCCAUGCUCAAGGCAGCUUGCAAUGUAUAAAAAAAUUACAUAACUACAAACAUAACCAAAGUAUUCAUAAACAAAACAUCAAAAAGUACACAACCAAAUAAAACAAUUUUCAUAUAAAUAAUAAGAUCCAAAACAAAGCUAGCUGCAAAAAAUUGACAUCAACAGCAGCAACAACUGCCCCACAACCAAAACCCCUAAACAAUAUCCCAACACAAAUUAUCCUUACAUCGAUCAAGAGUGUUGUACAAUUUGGAGUACUGUACUGAGGUCAAAGAGGAUGGGGAUAUAUUCAAUAUAUGAAUAGUGGCUUCUGACUUAGGAUGUAAGGACAGUGGCGUAGCGUGGGGGGUGCAGGGGGGGCCGGCCGCACCGGGCGCAACAUCUGGGGGUUAGGGGGCGCAAAUCCACGGGUUAGGGGGCGCAAAUUACUUGCCUUGCCCCGGGUGCUGACAACCCACGCUACGCCACUGUGUAAGGAUGUUCUAAUGAGUCAAGCAAUGGUCCACACAGACCAGAAUCUGGUCUGUGAGAGUGGCUGGAGUUGGGCAGUUUAGGAAGUGUUACCAUUAAGAGUAGUAAUUUUUUCAUUUGUUUAGCAGUAAGCCAUAGCAAAGAGAAAAAACAUCCAGAGUUGAGCCUCAAAUUUGGCUUUUAAUUUCCUGGCAGCCAACACAAAUAGAGAAAGACACAAGGUAACCUAAUUUUCCUGGUCCAAGAGCAAAAAAAAAUUACACUCAUUUGAUGUAGCAAUAUUUUCCUCACAGCUAAAUUCAGGCAGGGUGUUUCACAAGGAUCUUUCUAAUGUUGUAUAUUAUAUAGUAAGAUAGUGAAUAGCCAUUUUACAAAAGAGAAACCAUCCUGGUGAGCAACUAAUAUCUGAGAGAGGCCAUAAUUAGAGCUGAGCAAUGACCGAAAAGCCAUCAAUAUUGGCUCCAUCCCCUCACUUCGGUAUGAGCCAAGAUGGUGAAAUAACCUCCUUCUUCUAAGUGCGAACCACAACAAGAGACUUCAGAGAAGCUCUCCCUUUGUGCCUCUCAGCUUCUCACUUCCACUUGCUAGUGGCUUAGCUUGUGUGUUGGAAAGAACAGUGGAACUUAGUAGAGUUUCUGUUGACGUUCAAUGGCAAUUACAGGAGCCCUCCAUCCACCUUGGGCUGAUGUAGGAAAAAGUGACCAGGGUCAGUAACAAAGGGAGGCCCUGGGCUGCAGGGCCUUAUUUGCUCCUAGUGAAGAAGCCUUGGGGACCUGCUUAGCAUUAUGGAGUGACAGAAUGACUCAACAGUCAUUCAGCUCAAACAGACUCAUCUGAUUUCAUUUAAAUUGUUGUCAGCUCUCCUCGUUGCUUCUGCUAGCAAAAGGCUCCUGCCUGCUAUGUUGAUUUCGCUCACUUUUGCUUAUUUUCAACAAGCUAUGUGCUAACUUUGAAGCCCUUGAUAGCAAGCUGGUGUGAAACGGCCCUGGCCUUACUUUGGGCCAAGAGAGAAGCACAGCCAAUUCAUUUAAAGUCUGCCCUCUGCAGAGCCCCAGUUCAGUACCUCACUCCCAUAUUGAAAUAUACUCGGAGUCGAGAGUGGAUUUCAUGCUCUUUAUUCAGCUCAUAGUGGUGAGGAGGAAUGGAAGUUCCCUCAGACUGUCUGCUUUAUAUACAUUAUUUACACAAUGGGCCCCACGUGAUUGGCUAAUUCCGGGAUUCUUCUGUAGGCCAAUCAGGUUGCUGAUUCACUUCCACCUGGAGCUGGAUUGGGUGGCUCCUGUGGACCAAUCAGAUUGCUGCAUUCUGGAUCCUAUUGUUCUAGGACCAAUCAGACUGCUGCAUUCUGAAUCCUAUUGUUCUAGGACCAAUCAGACUGCUGCAUUCUGGAUCCUAUUGUUCUAGGACCAAUCAGACUGCUGCAUUCUGAAUCCUAUUGUUCUAGGACCAAUCAGACUGCUGCAUUCUGAAUCCUAUUGUUCUAGGACCAAUCAGACUGCUGCAUUUUGGAUCCUAUUCAACUCAGUACAUAACACAUAUAGUUCCAACACUCUCUUGCUAGACCAGGAAUAGCCAACUUGGUGCCCCCCAGAAGUUCCUGGAUACCAAACUCCCACCCUCCCCAGCCAGCAUGGUCAAUAGUCAAGGAUGAUGGGAAACAACAUCUAAAGAGCGCCAUCUUGGCUGCUCCCAAGUCCUACUGAGAAGUGGCGGGUGACAUCAUCAUACUUUAAUGCCUUUUGACUGUGCCACCAUCUUGCAAGGGCACCUUAAUGUCACGGUGGGUGAGCCCUCAAGUACAAGGUAUCUGAUGAACUCACUUGCCUUAUUAUUUCUCCCUCCUUUCACACUUUCUAAAAUAGCUCCUCAUCCCUCCUAAGAUGUUGUUUGCACGAGGGGGUCCCUAAUGGAUUCUAAGCGAAGACUCUACAAAGGUAACUUUCUGGGCAGAAGUGUCAUGGUUGUGGGGCUGUCCAUAGUCGCCUGGAGUUCUUCUGGGGAAAGGGUGCCAACUCCACUCCCAGGCCAAUUUUGUAGCGUCUCUCGACUCCGUUAGGUGCUAGACAGGAUGAGGAGAUGCAAAAGAGGCGUGUGUAACAGAAGCCUCAAGCUUACCUUCUCUUUGCCUUAGCCUCCAAUGAAGUCACCGCAACAGAAUGCACAAUAAUGAUAAAAGCAGGAAAAAGCCUAAUAAAAUGACCCCUGAGGGUGGGUUUAGUGAAUGAUUCCCCCCUUGCCCUGCCCAGACCACCAGCAAGCUUCUAACUCACUAGUUAGGUCCUUCGUGCAUGUAUCUGAAGACAUUAACUCCAGUUUACGUUACAAAUUGCUAGUCUCUUAGGCUGGAUCUAGACAUGUCAAAGAAGUGAUUCAGUUAAAAGCGUUGUAAACUCAUACAGGGGAAUCCAGUAGGGAAAGACAGGACUCCACAGCGCCAUCUGGUGGUGUAUAUGCAUAUACAAUGCAUAUAAAACCAAUCUAGCUGAAUCCUUAGACUGCAUCAAAGUUCCUAUCUAGAUCCAAUGGCAGUAGGCUUAGCUCAGUUUUCUGAGAACUUUGUAGAAGCAGCCUUCACCUGUUAGUACUUUGAUUCCCCUGCUUUGUGGAAUAUGAAAGGAUUAUGGCAGCAGUGGCAGUCAAAGUGUUCUUUAUCCACACCCUGGUCAAAACCCUACCCUCCAAUGAUGGCUGCCUAAAUUCAGCCUUGCAAAAUGCUACCCAGUUACUGAAGCCUUCCCAGAACAUUUUAAGAGACUUGUGGAGUUAAGAUUCUUUGAGUCAUCACAGAACAAACAGGCAAUAGAAGUUUUAUAUCAGUUCAAGACUUUGUGCUUUUCAAAAUGGAGACAGCUGACAUGUUCAACUUGCCAGUCAUUGUGGAAUUCAGAGAAAGGCAACCGAGUGAUUAUAUUAUGAAUGUGUGGGCCAGCUCCAUAUAUAUUUGGCUUCAGAUAGCAUCACAGCUUAAUGGCCACUCUUACCCUAAGAGGUUGUGUAUUCCAAAAACAGUUUUGCAAUGAGCAAGGGGAAGGGACCUCUGAUUGAGUUAGAUACCAUCAGAACCUUCUACCAUCCAAAGCAGGGGUGGCAAACCUUAGACCCUUCUGAUCAGUGCUUUUUUCUUUAAAAAAAAUGUUUAGGGGUGCUCUCAUUUUGACUCAAGAAAAUCACCAUUUUAUACUUCAAAUUGGGGAAAAUAAAUACAGUAAAUGGACAAAAGUACAAAGAUUCACAAAAUGUUUAGGGGUAUGUGUCCCCCCAGAAAAAAGCACUGCUUCUGAAAUUGUUUGAUUCCAGCUCCCAUCAGCCCCAGUCAUCAUGGACAAUGGUCAGGGAUGAUGGGAACCAGAGUCCAAAAACAUUGGGGGGGGGGGAGCACAGAUUCCUCAUUCCUGGUCUAAAAUAUAGAGGACUCUAGAAACACCACCAGAUAUCCAGUUAUAAGACAAUUAUCUUCCAACACCUGCACAGAGCUGAUGUGCACACCUAGUUCAUCUCCAACUUUGCAGCGAGUGUUGAUUUGUAACACAUACCAAUCCACACAUUUGAAGACAGCAAUUAUGGGUCUGUACACUUUGCAGAACAUUGAUGAAGGCUGCUCCAGGAGAAAAGGAAGACACCUGCUUUUUCCAAUACCUUCCAAUUUAGUUCCAAACGUUUUAUUACAUCAUUAAUCCAAACUGCAGAUUGUUGCCAUGUGGACAAUCUCUCUAUAUCCUCAUCAACCGUGUUUGAUAUCACCCCAAAUUCAUCAACUCUCACCUGUUCCUUAGGGCUACCCUGGCUAAAUGCAUUGUAGAUAUAAAUUUAUUGGGAAAGACCUAGAGCAGGCACCCCCAACCUUCGGCCCUCCAGAUGUUUUGGACUACAAUUCCCAUCAUCCCUGACCACUGGUCCUGUUAGCUAGGGAUCAUGGGAGUUGUAGGCCAAAACAUCUGGAGGGCCGCAGGUUGGGGAUGCCUGAUCUAGAGCCAAGAAUGUAACUCCCACCUUCUUUCCUUUUUUUUCAAGCAGGUGGGGGUGCUCUAAAGAACUAUGCAUUAACAUGCAGGUGCUUGAGUGAAACUCUGAAUAUUACGAAUAUGUGAUAUCUGUCUUCCUGUCUUAUAAUAGCCAGGUGCAAGUCACCAUUUCUCAGCUUAUCUGAUCUAUAAAAUUUGAAUAAUAGAGCUAUUUUCAAGAAUACUUGGCCAAAGUCUAUGUACAAACUGAAAGAAGCGAUUUUCCUAGUACAGUCGUACCUUGGAAGUUGAACAGCUUAGUUACCGAAUGUUUGGGCCUCUGAAUGUCGCAAACCCAGAAGUGACUGUUCCAGUUUGCUAACUCUUUUUGGAAGCCGAACGUCCAAUGGGGCUUCCGCAGCUUCCGAUUGGCUGCAGGACCUUCCUGCAGCCAAUCAGAAGCCGCACUUUGGUUUUCGAACGUUUUGGAAGUCAAACGGACUUCCGGAACGGAUUCCGUUCGACUUCCAAGGUACGACUAUAAUCAGUGCCCAUGGUUAAAGGUGAUACUUAGUGCUUGGUUUAAUUUUGUUGUUGUUGUUAGUGGCUUGAUCCUUUCAUUUUUAAAAGUGUUGUUUCGAAGGAUUCCAUGACAUGCUUUGAAUUUAAUAAAGAAAGUAAAUAAUAGCAACAGAAUCAGCAAGGGGGGGGGGAAUAAAACAAUGCAGUCCAUAAGUAUCCAUGGACUCCGCAGUGACUUACUUGCAACUUCUAUUCUCUUUGAUUGGUAGAUUACCUCUAGCAAAGCUUUGCUUUAGAACUUGAUUUUCAAUGUCAACACACAACAUUGGAACAUAGAGUCAUAGAACUGUACAGUUAAAAGGGACCCCGUAACCUGUCGCAAAUUCUCUGCGGCACUUUAGCAGAACUACUCAGAAUUCCAGGUUCUUCAGUGCAGUGCAGUAUAUUUAUUGUGAGCUAUAUAUAUAUACCAAUAUAUACCAUAAUCUACAGGCUAUAAUACACGAGCAGUUCAUACAGUCAAACAGAGUACCUGGCUGCACCUUAAAGCAAAUAGGAAGACCUUUCUAUCUCUCUGACCACACUCCUCUAUACCACCCACUUACCGCUGGAUAGGUUUCCCCUUUAAACCAAUGACAACCAAUCAACUGACAGCACAUUACUGCUGAGUCUUUCUGACCCAGCACUUCCAUAGAAAGUAUUGCAGGCUGAUUGCAUCAGCCCGUUGCAUCAGCUAGCAAACUCAAGCCUGCAGACUUACUAUCUCACACAGCAUUCUGUGAAUCCCGACACAAGAGUCUUGUAGUCCAGCUCCCUGCAACUCAGGAAUCUCAACUAGAGCAUCCCUGUCAGAUAGCCAUCCAACCUCAGCUUAAAAGCCUUCAAGGAAAAAGAGUCUACCAUCUGUAUUGUGUAUUCCCAAAUCAGGCAGACCCAAGAGAGAUGACGUAAUGUCAUCCUUCUGAAUGUGCAGCAGGAACAUCUCAAUUGUUAUAACAAUAUGCAUUUCCUUACCACAUGGAAGUGUGUUGUGGGAGAAGAAGGCUGUCACUGAGUCUAAGGAGUGGCAGCUGUUUAGGCUCAGUGACAUCUCUCCCUCCCUCCCCCCAAUAGUUAUUUAGAUUAGAUCCUACCUGUUCAGGAGUUGUGCUGUUCCUACUGUUGUCCUAGCAAUGGCAUCAGAGAGCCCUUAAAAGAGAUGAAUCAACUUCCCUGCCUUUAUCUUCAGCAAGAGAGAAGCUGCCCGACAGCUCUCAUUCCAGGUGUGCACAGGUAGUGUGCUCCUCCGUGCUCCCAAAUCUCAGCCUCACACCUGUAAGUGCCUGGUCCCAUUCUAACCCACACUGGUCUGACUAUCCAACACAGAAAGAUAGAGGCCCAGUAUAUGAAGCCAGCUUCCUGAAAUCCCCACCUUCUCAAGCAGAGGUUGUCAAUGUGGCACCCUCCAAAUGCUUUGAACCCCAACUCCCUUCAGCCCCAGACAACAGGGCCAAUGGUCCAGGGUCCAGGGAUGAUAGAAGCUAUAGGCCACCACACCUGUAGAGGACCACUUCGGUUAUUCCUGCUCUCAGGUAGUUGCCUUGAGACCCAGACAUGGUGAAAAGUGGUGUGUGUGUGUGUGUGUGUGUGUGUGUGUGUGUGUGUGUGUAAAGUGUCCCAGAAACCAUAUUUACUUUUUUCCAGGGUUGCUUUCCAUGCUUCAAAUCAUGAGCCCGCUCUGAAUUUUGCAAGAGCUUUGCAAAUAUUGGCAGAUAUGAUUGCCAAGUAUCUGCAAACAUUUCCACCUGCCCCUGGUCUUUACCCUUUCACAAUACUGUAUUUUUCGCUCCAUAAGGCACACCUACUUUUUUGGGGGGGGGUCAAGAAAAAAAAUAUUAUUUAAAGGGAGCGCUGAGCAGAGCCUGUAUGGAGCCCAGGCUCUGCUCAGCGCUCCCUUUCAUGAGCCGCGUGGAGCGUGUGUGCGGUGCUUGCAGGCUUCUCCCUCCUCAGGGAAAAGCCCCCAAGAGCCACACACACACUCCGCACAGCUCUUUAAAGGGAGCGCGGCUCUUGGGGGCUUUUGCGGGAGGUGGGGGAAGUGAGAGAGCCUCGCUCUGUCCCUUCCCCCACCUCCCACAAAAGCCAGGGAUAGCCGCGCAAAGCCUCCCCAGGCUUGUGGGGCUGGCGGUGGGGGAAGCCUGGCUCCCCCCCUCCACCAGCCCCAAAGAGCAGGUCGGGGAGCAGCCUUCCCGCUGCUCCCAGAGCUUGUGGGGCUGGCGGGGGAAGCCUGGGUUCCCCCCCCCCAGCCCCAGGGACCACACAUUCGCUCCAUAAGACGCACAUACAUUCCCCCUUAGAUUUUAAGAGGGAAAAAGUGCGUCUUAUGGAGCGAAAAAUACGGUAGCUUAAUCUAUGACCAUUUGCGUCGCAAAGCUGGGCCUGCUGAAAAUCAAACUGCAGUUAAAAGUUACAAGAUCAGGCUAGCUCCGCAUUUUCCUUUACCUGAAGACAUCUAAUGCAACCUGGUGGCUUACAAAGGCCAUAUUCUGAUGUCUUUUUUUCUCUCCCCCCCCCUUCUUCUUCUUCCAGCAGUGCCAUGGCUUCUUAUUCUGCCUCCUGUACCAAUGCCAGCCCUGCUCAGGGCAUGAAUAUGGCCAACAGCAUUGCUAACCUGAGACUGAAGGCAAAGGAAUACAGUUUACAGAGGAACCAGGUGCCAACAGUGAAUUAGAGACAGCAGAGGAGUGUGGCCUCCGUUGCUGAAAGGAAAGCAACAGGUCAAAAGGGCCGCCAUCUUGCUUGGCAAUUCGUUCAUGCCCAGAAAGCCAGUCAGCCCAAACUAGGACUCAGUAUUGGGAAUAACAGCAGGAUCCAAAUUCAAAGGAAAUAGCUUCAAAGGUGACUCUUCUCUCUCCUGGAAAAUGUUGCCACUUAAAGUACCAGCAAGUCUGUUGUAGCUCAAUAUAGCACGAGCUUCUUCAGUGAAGGAUGCAAGGCUUAUGACUGCACUUAAACUUAUCCAUUUCCUUCCCCCACCUGCCCCAUGGACCAUUAGUUUCUGUGCCAGCCACUCACCCCUUUUGUUCAUAGGCCUUUUGAAGAAAAAAAUAUGGAUUUCUGGAACCAAAGACCCCAUUGUUCAUCAUCACUUCCAUCACUCAAAAAGCAAUAGUGGAUCACAUUUAAAGUUGUGACUGUCAGCACACACCUGGGUGCCUUCGUGUUCAAGUCUUUAUAUCCAUUGCCUGGAAAUUAUUUUUCUUCUUUACUUCUUCUUGUUAGUAAUUUGAGGCCAAUCUUGAUUUAGAAGUGUGUGUCUGUGUGUGUGUGUCACUGUUUGUUCUGCCACAGUCUCUUUGAUACUGUUAUGUUGGUUGCAGGAGAUUUAAAAACGCCAGAUACGAAAGUAUGUUAUUUUGAACCCAUUUUUACUGAUGUAGGAAUAUGCAAGUUUUCAAGUCACACAGAACUCAUUUUAUGAGAAUGUAAGUGUGUGCACUUGAGGCACUCAAAAGCCUGUGUAUGCUUCCAGCUUCUUGGAAAACCCAAAGAAGAGCAGAGUCCAGAUUUGCAGGUGCUGUCCACGGGAAUUAGUUUUCUGUUUAAAAAUUGGAGGCCUAAUCUGGCACAGAGUUACACAUACUUACAUCCCUGGAUUUCAGUGGGCUUAAAUGUGUGCACCUCUGUUGGAUUGUGGCCCCACGUAACUUUCUUGCUACUUCUGUUUCUUGCCACAUUCAACAGUGUUGUCCAGAAUCAUUUGAUUUAUAUAUACUGUAUAUAUUUAUAUAUAUAAAAUAUACAUGCAAGCUU